ACUGGAUCCAUUUCUGGACACACAUCUCCCAAAGGAUGAGACAUUUAAAAAGUUGAAGUAAAGAUUUUAGCAGUAUCUUCUAACGGAGCAAGGGAAGAAGACAGAGGAAAGACAGAACUUUAUCACCAUGACAACUCACUUUAUCAGGGGCCCGGCUUAUGGACUCAGCGCCGAGGUCAAGAACAAGGUGAGGGAUUUGACCAAAGAGCUUACACUCUAAGUUUGGCAUGUAACAGUGCCCGUUUGGAUUAACGAACACAUAUUUUGCUAUAUAUAAUAUUGUAUAUCGUAGCUGACACUACACGUGUUUAUUGCUGAAAUGACACUUUAUAAUGCUUAUAUAACCUGCUCUUUAACCCCUUAAGGACACAUGACAUGUGUGACAUGUCAUGAUUCCCUUUUAUUCCAGAAGUUUGGUCCUUAAGGGGUUAAUAGCAAAAGCUGACAUUUCAGUUCAUAUAUGUCUAUUGCUUUGGGACCGUGGGAGCUUACACUCUAGGUAUCUAAAGUUGCAGGUCUCCUUGAGCGUCAAAACAUUUAGGUCUCUGCUUCUUUUUUUCCAGAAGUCAGUAAUAAAUCCAGUGUAAUCCCAAGAGUUUACAGUCUGUUGCGUGAGCUCUUGGGUUUACACUGCGUAUGACUACAAGGGCAUAUAUUCUAUCCAGAUAAUUUCUGUUCACACCACCUCUGGAAAUGAAUUUUUGGCAUAUGCUUUUGGUUGUUGUGAACUUUAUAAGGUAUGAGAGUUUCGCGGCAGCCUCCUCUGAUAUAAUGCUAGCUUGUGUUUGUCUGAUAUUCUGUAUCAGUGAUUGCUAUCGUUGGCAACCUAGAUGUCUGCGUACUGAAAUCUUGCAGAGAAUCAAGAUAAAAGUAGUUUACAAACAUUGGGAAUACCAAGAUUAGCCAGCAUUGCUCUGUAUCGUUUUCCGCUCCUGAAAAAUAAAAGUAAAUGCCGGUCAAAGGAACUAACAAUCUAUUUAGGUUAUCCAUCAUUAUUAUGUUCCAGCACGGCAGCUGAUGCACAUUUAAUUAAUCGAUCUCUAUGCAAAGCUCUGGCCUGUUCCCUUCCCUAAUUACGAUUUUCCCACACUACGUUUAUUACAAAGUGGACACAAGAACUGGCACUCUAAUCAAGCACAGCUGUGUUUCAUUCUUUCUGCAGUUUACCCAAUGUAACCGGUGCAGCAUUAAAACAUAAGGGUUUUAUAAAGCAGGAAACAAUGAUGUCAUAUUUGAAUUCACUUUCUGUGAAAUAAUAAGAAGAUUAGAGAAUACACGUGGAUAAAAGAAACAACUAUUUUCCUAUGUGAUUGUGUAACAGAUGUUGUAUGUAUUAAAAGAUUCCAAGUGUAUAAACGGUCUUUCUAUUUGGCAACACAGAUCAAACAAACCGGAGAGCUCAGAGCUUCUACUCAAUGGAGACAAUUCUCAUUGCUAAGUACAUAUUAGAUUCUGAGUAGAAUGACACUAAACUGUUUAUUUAAUAUACAUUGAAAGUCCUUUAAAGUCAUGCAUGGUCACCAAUAUAGAUCAACAUGCAUUAGCACAGUUUGUUCUUUUACUGAAUAUUAUAUAGUCUAUCUGCACAACCCCUGGACUUACUCUUUAUAACAUCCCAAUAGACUUUCAAUAACACACCUAUCCCACUAUACGGCUCUGCUUCCUAAGACUUAUAUUCCAUAUUAAUAAUUUAGAGUUCACUCUACUGAGCCUCUGAUUCCAGUUGAGUUCCCAGAAAGUUCCCUCUAAGUUCUACUCCUGUAAAAAAAAUAUAUUGAUGGCCUAUUUAUUUAAUGUGUCACGAUAGGUGUGUCAGCCAAGUUUACCCAAGUUCAAUGUAGAGGCCAUUGUGAUCCAUAAAACAAAGUGGAACGUGGAAUCAUCUUGCAGGAAAUGUAUUAGUUAUCAGUCUCAGCCACCCUGGGGGUUUUGGUACCUAUUUAGCUUAUUGAUCUCAAAAGUUUGUGCAUUUGUGCAUAGAUUGGUGGGGGUGUGGUGUAUAAGUGAAAUGUGUGAGCUUCAGGUGUAUAGUAAUGACAGGAAACAAGGACGGUUCUAGAAAGAACUUGCAUUCUAGAUCGUGAUUUCUAUACAAAACUGGUCUUCAAGUACGCCUUUCAACAUCAACGUGGGUCUCCUCCUUUAAUGAUUCACCACUGCUCAUAAAAGGAGAAAGCGUUAUCUACUGUCAUCGUAGGAGCAAUGGUCAGAAAAAAUAUGUAUAGGUCAGUGUUGUCCAAUGGCUUAAAAGAGCACUUUAACAACCAGAACCACAACAGCUUAUUAUGGUGGUUAUGACGCAAAGAGUGUCAGUUUUCUAACAGUUUGAAGAAAAAAUAGACUCUUCCAACAACUACCUUGGCUGGUGCACAAAUUAACGACUCCAUUAGCCAUCAAACUUUAGAUUGGAAUUAAAGGCUGAGAGUAUUAGGUGAAGUCAAGCUCAGCUAUCCUAGACUAUAACUGUUAUCCAAAAAUGGAUAGGUGAUGCCCAAGUUCACUUCGGCAUUAGUCAAGUGCCAGGAGACGGGCCCGGACUUCUGAUGCUAAGAGACACAGCAAAGCACACAAAUUCGUAUUAAUAUUUUGGACAACGAUGUCCUGAGCAAACAGCUGGCAGAGCUUUUAAUGCUUUUAAUGCUUCAUGUUUAACUUCAGUAUGUGGUCCACAUUGACCUAGAGGGCUAUGUGUCAUGGAAAAUGGAAACAAGCGCUAGGAAGGGAUAGUUUAAUUUCUAAGCAGACAUUUAUAGACGUAUGUGGUGGGAUGCGUAAAUGAAGUGGUAGCUACCUCAGUCAUGAAGCAGGCUAUACAAAAAGACCCAUUAUUUUGAAAAUAAUAUUAAUAGUAAAUAAAAGAGAGUGAAGAUUAGAAUUAAUAAAGUCUACAAAUAAAUAAGGAGAUAGCUGUCACCUCCAUAUGAACAUCUUCUGUCAAAAAGUCUAUCUUUCCAUUGUCAUAAUGGAUGGGUGGAUAGAUGGAUGUAUGGAUAGAUAUCACUACACAAUGACACAAACAGUGGGAGCUAUCAGGAUUUGUGAAUUGGUCCCCUAUCCACAAGGGGCAUAUACUAUUACUAUUAAUGUGUUUUUGUUCAAUUUUAUAUACAUAUUUAAGUAUAUUUCUUAUUUUGCCAUGUGGUAUGCAUAUUUUUGUGGAGGGGGUGAGAAACGUAAACCCUGAUUAUUUUAUUCAUCCUCGUAAUCACUGACCAGUCAAGAGAGAACUUAGGUUUAUGGGGCAAAUAUGCCCCUAUGAAUCCCUGGCACUGCAGCAUUAUAUAGACAGGAGGAAGCUAUGGGACAUGGAGUCUGUCCCUCUCAGCACAGGGUGACACAGACAGGAGGAAGCUAUGGGACAUGGAGUCUGUCCCUCCCAGCACAGGGUGACACAGACAGGAGGGAGCUAUGGGACAUAAAGUCUGCCCCUCCCAGCACAGGGUGACACAGACAGGAGGGAGCUAUGGGACAAGGAGUCUGUCCCUCCCAGCACAGGGUGACACAGACAGGAGGGAGCUAUGAGACAUGGAGUCUGUCCCUCCCAGCACAGGGUGACACAGAUAGGAGGGAGCUAUGAGACAUGGAGUCUGUCCGUCCCAGCACAGUUUGACACAGACAGGAGGGAGCUAUGGGACAUGGAGUCUGUCCCUCCCAGCACAGGGUGACACAGACAGGAGGGAGCUAUGGGACAUGGAGUCUGUCCUUCCCAGCACAGGGUGACACAGACAGGAGGGAGCUAUGAGACAUGGAGUCUGUCCCUCCCAGCACCGGGUGACACAGACAGGAGGGAGCUAUGGGACAUGGAGUCUGUCCCUCCCAGCACAGGGUGACACAGACAGGAGGGAGCUAUGGGACAUGGAGUCUGUCCCUCCAAGCACAGGGUGACACAGACAGGAGGGAACUAUAGGACUCCCCCAAACACACAUGGUCACAAAAGAGGAAGCUAUGGGACAAGGAGACUGUCCCUCCUAUUGCAGAGCAGUGAGUGACAAGUUCCAUUAAGUCAGUAAAGGUGCAGUUCAGACAAUGCCAGCCAACGCACCAUGCAAUGUAGAGUACCCAGCACAGGUAUACUGAUGGUUCCUUGCACUAGAUUCUGGAAUGAAAUCUUGGAGCCCUUAUGAAGAUUGCUUAGCUCAUUUAACCCUGCUCAUGCCAGCGCGUCCUGCAGAGCUGUGAGAGUGCAUAUUCUGUUCUAGCAGAAAGCACACACCAUAUAAGGUUGGCUGUGCUCGUCCCUGAAAUGCCUCUACUAUAUAAGGCUAUUGGUGAACUCCGGUCUAUACAGGGGGACAGAGCCAGGUGUGAAUAGAUUCUCUGCGUCUACUUUCACAAUCAGAACCCCUACACCCCCCAGCCCUUCUCUCAAUCUUCCAUGCAUACUUGUGCCCAAGUUUUUAAUUAGCAGCUGGCAAUUAAUAGAAAUAGUUUUGCAGAACAUUCCUGCGUGAGAAACUCUCGGGAGUCUUCCCACUUAUUGUGGAUCCAAGUUAUUCUUAGGACUGUGAAUCACUGCUGGCAGACUCACCACGUUUAGGGAUAUUAACAAGUGUUUCUGGGUACAGGAGUCAGAGUAAGGGGGCCGAGACUGACAUGUACCAUAAACAAAAGGAUUAACUGUGAAAAGGCAGCUGGGAUUAUAAACGCACUGCUCUUUUUACAUCUCUUUCCUGGGAGGAUAUAAAGAAAGGUUUUACAUAAUGCCUAGAUACUCAGUAUCAUUAUAGUGUGUUCAUUAUCUGUGUAUAGAUACUCAGUAUUAUUAUACAGUGCAGUGUGUUCAUUAUCACUGUAUAGAUACUUAGUAUUAUUAUAUAGCGCAAUGUGUUCAUUAUCAGUGUAUACAGUGAGGGAAAAAAGUAUUUGAUCCCCUGCUGAUUUUGAAUGUUUGCCCACUGAAAAAGAAAUGAUCAGUCAAUAAUUUUAAUGGUAGGUGUAUUUUAACAGUGAGAGACAGAAUAACAAAAAAAAAUUCCAGAAAAACAUACGUCAAAAAAGUUAUAAAUUGAUUUGUGUUUCAAUAAGUGAAAUAAGUAUUUGACCCCACCGACGUAGUACUGGGUGGAAAAACCCUUGUUGGCAAUUACAGGUCAGAUGUUUCUUGUAGUUGACCAUCAGGUUUGCAUUAAUCUCAGGAGGGAUUUUGUCCCACUCCUCUUUGCAGAUCCUCUCCAAGUCAUUAAGGUUUCAUGGCUGACGUUUGGCAACUCGAACCUUCUGCUCCCUCCACAGAUUUUGUAUGGAGACUGGCUAGGCCACUCCAGGACUUUAAUGUGCUUCUUCUUGAGCCACUCCUUUGUUGCCUUGGCUGUGUGUUUUGGGUCAUGUCAUGCUGGAAUACCCAUCCACGACCCAAUUUCUAUGCCCUGGCUGAGGGAAGGAGGUUCUCACCCAAGAUUUCAGGAUACAUGGCCCCAUCAAUCAUCCCUUUGAUGCGGUGCAGUUGCCCUGUCCCCUUAGCAGAAAACCCCCCCAAAACAUAAUGUUUCCAACGCGAUGUUUGACGGUGGGGAUGGUGUUCUUGGGGUCAUAGGCAGCAUUCCUCUUCCUCCAAACAUGGCGAGUUGAGUUGAUGCCAAAGAGCUCAAUUUUGGUCUCAUCUGACCACAACACUGUCAUCCAGUUCUCCUCUAAAUCAUUCAGAUGUUCAUUGCCAAUCUUCAGACAAGCCUAUUCAUUUGCUUUCUUGAGCAGGGAACCUUGCGGGCGCUACAGGAUUACAGAUCCUCCAGUGUAGUUCUGGGCUGAUUCCUCACCGUUUUCAUGAUCAUUGACACUCCAUGAGGUGAGAUUUUGCAUGGAGUACCAGAUCGGGGGAGACUGACAGUUAUUUUGUGUUUCUUCCAUUUGUGAAUAAUAGCACCAACUGUUGUCACCUUCUCACCAAGCUGCUUGGCGAUCGUCUUGUAGCCCAUUCCAGCCUUGUGUAGGUCUACAAUCUUGUCCCUGACAUCCUUGGGCAGCUCUCUGGUCUUGGCCAUGGUGGAGAGUUUGGAAUCUGACUGAUUAAUGGUUUCUGUGGACAGGUGUAUUUUAUACAGGUAAAGAGCUGAGAUUAGGAGCACUCCCUUUAAGAGAGUGCUCCUAAUCUCAGCUCGUUAUCUGUAUAAAAGACACCUAGGAGUCAGAAAUCUUGCUGAUGGAUAGGGGGUCAAAUACUUAUUUUAUUCACUGACAUGCAAAUCAAUUUAUAACUUUAUGUCUCUCACUGUUAAAAUACACCUACCAUUAAAAUUAUAGACUGAUCAUUUCUUUGUCAGUGGACAAAUGUUCAAAAUCAGCAGGGGAUCAAAUACUUUUUCCCCUCACUGUAGGUAGUCUAUAUCAGGGGUAGGCAACCUACGCCACUAGUGCCAUGCACGGCACUCGAGGUGCCUUUGCACGGCACUCAAGGCUUCAGAUAUCUGCUAAUACAAAGAGGUGGUGAAGGACAAUCCUCAAUUUAUGCAUUGCAGCACGUAGAGGAAGUGAUCUCAGAGCACUUAAUUCCAGCACUUGUGACUGGGAAUCCACACAGUAUUAGAGCAGCUCGCAGUUGUUGUUGCAGCUCCUGUCUUUGACCUGUACCUGGCUGGCCUGGUCCCCACUGGAACCCAGGGAAGCCACACACACUGCUAGAUAUACAUAGAAGUGCAGAAUAACCCUCCCCUCAUACAAAUAAUACGGACAGCCCACACACAAACAUACACACAAUCCGCACAAACGCAACACCAUUAACAAUCCACAUACAUGCACACAACCCCACAUGCAGCAUCUCACAUGCAAUACCCCAAACAGCCCCCACACACUACCAAACACACAAUGUGACAUAUCCAUCCACACACACAAUUCCACAAGGUGCCCCCAUACACAGCCCACAUUCAUAUGUAUCAUACACAAUACCAUAAACUACUCAUGAACAUAUACAAUAUAAUAGCUCAUAUACGCACAAAUACAAUACAAAGCAAUUACAGUAUAAAUAACACAAGCAGAAUACGGCAGCAUACACACCUCAAUUUAAAAAAAAUAGGACCGGCACGCUACGGGACAUCACAAUCCUAUAUCGGCAGAGUGCUGCUAAAAGGUUGCCUACCCCUGGUCUAUAUCAUUAUAUAGUGCAGUAUGUAUAUUAUCAGUGUAUACAGUUGUGCUAAAAAAUUUGCAUACUCUGGUAGAAAUUGUAACUUUUUGGCAUUGAUUUUGAAAAUAUGACUGAUCAUGAAAAAUAAAUUAUUUUAGUGAAGGAUAGUAAUCAUAUGAAGCCAUGUAUUAUCACAUAUUGUAGUUGUUUGGCUCAUUUUUAAAUCAUAAUGAUAACAGAAAUCACUCAAAUGACCCUAAUUAAAAGUUACAUACCCUUGAAUGCCUUGCCUUGUUACAGACACACAAGGUAACAAACACAGGUCACACAGGUGAGACAAAAUGUCAAUUCCAUGUUAAUUUCCCACACCUGUGGCCUUUUAAAUUGCAAUUAAUGUCGGUGUAUAAAUUGUCAAUGCGUUGUUAGCUGUCACUUGGAUGCACUGAGCAGGCUAGAUACUAAGCCAUGGGGAGCAGAAAAGAAUUGUCAAAAGACCUGCAUAACAAGGUAAUGGAACUUUAUAAAGAUGGAAAAGGAUAUAAAAAGAUAUCCAAAGCCUUGAAAAUGUCAGUCAGUACUGUUCAAUUACUUAUUAAGAAGUGGAAAAUUUGGGGAUCCCUUGAUACCAAGCCAAGGUAAGGCCGACCAAGAAAGAUUUCAGCUACAACUGCCAGAAGAAUUGUUUGGGAUACAAAGAAAAACCCACAGGUAACUUCAGGAGAAAUACAGACUGCUCUGGAAAAAGACGGUGUGGUUGUUCCAAGGAGUACAAUACGGCGAUACCGAACAAAAAUUAGAUGCAUGGUCGAGUUGCCAGAAAGAAGCCUUUACUGGUUGAAUGCCACCAAAAAGCCUGGAUACAAUAUGCCCGACAACACCUUGACACAUCUCACAGCUUCUGGCACACUCUAAUAUGGAGUGACAAGAGCAUCAUAGAACUUUAUAGUCGCAACCAUAAGCACUAUGUUUGGAGAGGGGACAACAAGGCCUAUAGGCCUAUAUGAAAAGAAUACCAUCCCCACUGUAAAGCAUGGUGGUGGCUCACUGAUGUUUUAGGGGUUGUGAGCUCUAAAGGCACGGGGAAUCUUGUGAAAAUUGAUGGCAAGAUGAAUGCAGCAUGUUAUCAGAUAAUACUGGCAGACAACUUGCAUUCUUCUGCACGAAGACUGCACAUGGGAUGCUCUUGGAUUUCAAGCAUGACAAUGGCCCUAAGCACAAGGCCAAGCUGAGCCUCCAGUGGUUACAGCAGAAGAAGCUAUGCAUUAUCACUGUAUUAUUAUACAGCGCAGUGUGUUCAUUAUCAGUGUAUAGAUACUCAGUAUUAUUAUACAGCGCAGUGUGUUCAUUAUCAGUGUAUAGAUACUCAGUAUUAUUAUAUAGCGCAGUGUGUUCAUUAUCAGUGUAUAGAUACUCAGUAUCAUUAUACAGCGCAGUGUGUUCAUUAUCAGUGUAUAGAUACUCAGUAUUAUUAUACAGCGCAGUGUGUUCAUUAUCAGUGUAUAGAUACUCAGUAUCAUUAUACAGUGCAGUGUGUUCAUUAUCAGUGUAGAUACUCAGUAUAUUAUACAGUGUGUUCAUUAUCAGUGUAUAGAUACUCAGUAUAUUAUACAGCACAGUGUGUUCAUUAUCAGUGUAUAGAUACUCAGUAUUAUUAUACAGCGCAGUGUGUUCAUUAUCAGUGUAUAGAUACUCAGUAUUAUUAUACAGCGCAGUGUGUUCAUUAUCAGUGUAUAGAUACUCAGUAUUAUUAUACAGCGCAGUGUGUUCAUUAUCAGUGUAUAGAUACUCAGUAUUAUUAUACAGCGCAGUGUGUUCAUUAUCAGUGUAUAGAUACUCAGUAUUAUUAUACAGCGCAGUGUGUUCAUUAUCAGUGUAUAGAUACUCAGUAUUAUUAUACAGCGCAGUGCGUUCAUUAUCAGUGUAUAUAUACUCAGUAUCAUUAUACAGUGCAGUGUGUUCAUUAUCAGUGUAUAGAUCCUCAGAAUUAUUAUACAGUGCAAUGUGUUCAUUAUCAGUGUAUAAAUACUCAGUAUUAUGAUAAAGCACAGUGUGUUCAUUAUCAGUGUAUAGAUACUCAGUAUUAUUAUACAGCGCAGUGUGUUCAUUAUCAGUGUAUAGAUACUCAUCAUUAUUAUACAGCGCAGUGUGUUCACUAUCAGUGUAUAGAUACUCAGUAUUAUUAUACAGCGCAGUGUGUUCAUUAUCAGUGUAUAGAUACUCAGUAUUAUUAUACAGCGCAGUGUGUUCAUUAUCAGUGUAUAGAUACUCAGUAUCAUUAUACAGCGCAGUGUGUUCAUUAUCAGUGUACAGAUACUCAGUAUCAUUAUACAGCGCAGUGUGUUCAUUAUCAGUGUAUAGAUACUCAGUAUCAUUAUACAGCGCAGUGUGUUCAUUAUCAGUGUAUAGAUACUCAGUAUCAUUAUACAGCGCAGUGUGUUCAUUUUAUAACAAUAUAUAUAAAUAUAAUGAUAGUGUUGGAUGUUGCAGUGUAAGAUGGAGAAUGUUCGGUCCGUGAUACAGGGCAGAAUAUGGGCUGUACGGUCUGUCUGCCCUCGACACACUCUUCUGCCUAGUUUGGUAAAUUCCUCAUAUGACCGAAUCUGUCAGUGUUUGCGUUGGCAGAAGUAGAGAAGAUAGAUAGGGAGGAAUUAUAUGAGAGAAUAUUUUUCUCUUCUAACUGUGCUCCAGCUCCCUGCAAUUCCUUCACGCACAAAAUAUACCUCCACCCAGUCAGUAUAACUGCUUCCCCUGCAAUUCCUGCACUUACACUGCACACAGGCCGGUAAAUGCCCCAUCCCUCCCAGCCUUUCACCUCCCUCCCUCUGCUAUCACUGUCCUUGUGUUACACAAACAACCAGAAAUGUCAGAUCCAGCUCAUUUUCCUAAACACUAAUCACUGCUUUAUACUGAUGCUUCAUACAUGAAAAGUGCUACCUUGUAGUAUGCAAAGAUUUUUUUUUAUAAAAUUAUGACAUAUUGACACAGGAAAAGUAAAUUUAUUAAAAUGGGCCAAAAUGAAAGCUCUGACUUUUUUAUUUUUGGGGAAUUCUCAGUAAUUCCUGGCUAAGUGAAUAAAACAGUGGCACUCGGUACAAGUCUCUACUGCCUGACUACUUGCAGACAAAUAUUGAUACACACCGUUAUACUAAAGUGAAUUUCAAACUUAGGGCCAAAAUAGCUGAACUGGAGGCAUUUCUAAGAGAGAUUUUUCCAGUUUGGUUAUUUUAGUCAUAAAGAGGCACUAUAGUCACCAGAACCACCACAGCUUAAUUUAGAGGUUCUGGUGUCUAUAGUCUGUCCCUGCAGCUCAGCCCUGUAAACGCUGCCUUUUCAGAGAAAAGGCACUGUUUAGAUUACUGCCUCAUAACAUCUUUAGGUGCAAUCACUACAAGCACUAGAGGUGCUUCCUGGUCUAGUGCUGCACAUACGUUCAGCAUCUCCACGCUCUGCAUGGAUGCGCUGAACAUUCUCCAUAGAGAUAUGAUUCAAUGCCUCUUAAUGAGAAGAUGCUGAUUGGCACCACACAAUGCAAGCAUUGGAUUGGCUGAGAUUGUCAAGAUUGAUGAUCUCAGCCAUGGAGGCGGGGCCAACCACGGCAAGACCGGCGCAGCAUAGAAGUGACGGUGAGUAAAAACACCUUUUCAGUGUGAUCUAAACAGCAACACCAGCACUAUAGUGUCAGGAAUAUACACAUUUGUAUUACUUUACGUUCAAAAUUCACUUUGAAUGAUCCAUUUAGUAGAUAUACCUGAGUGCAUUAUAACUGUGCAGAGCCUUGCAAAAAUCUCUACAGCUAUAAGAGCACUUGGCAGUGACAGAGGUCAAAGAUGGACGCUAUACUUUUUACGAUGUGCGCACAUUAAAAGCUGCUCCCUCCCCUAGAUGGAAAUGGGGUUCUAUGUACUGCCUUUGAUAAUUACACUGCAAGGGAAAUUCUUUAAUAUUCAUUCCAUGCUAAAGACCCCUGAUUCACUGCGGUUUAAGUCGGUUAGAUGACUUCUUUUUAUUUGUACAGAAAGCCAUUGUUACAACAUACACACGUUUUUAAUGUGAAACCGUGCCAUGCUAUAUGUUUCAGUUUAUUGUAAAGAACACGGAUAUGUCAUGUGCACAUUGCUAUGUAUUUCAACAUCAUCAAUAACAAGUGAAUUAUAACAAAGAUGCCACCUCUCUGACUGGCUGUUUCACAGCUGGCUAGGCUGCAGUCAUGCGCAUUUCACUUAACAGCUUCACCCAUAAAACUAAAGAGUGGCGCAGUAGCUAGAAGCUAAGGUCACGGUUGCAUUUCCCCUUAUCUGAAGAAUAGAACAGCUGAACUACAUAUCCCAUAAAACCUUGCUGGGCAACAGUUUAUUUGCUGUGCAUAUAUAUUUUUUUUGUAAUUAUUCUUCUAUUCACCUAGUCACAAUACAUGUAUUCAACCUUAAAAAUAAGCCUCUAGUUCGGUGACUCUGGAUAAACAGAUAAUAUCUUCUGAUCCUGCCUGACGGAGACUGCUAUAGUAAGAUCGUGUGCCAUACAUAUUUCCUGUAUUGAUAAUCACCCUAGCAGUGUCGUAGCUGUGUGGUCCUAAUAGCCUGGCAUGCAAUGAAUGUUGGCGUGCUCAGCUGGUGAUCUCCUGCAUAACUGUACGCUAAGAUUCACUGGGUCAUUGUUCUUUAUAUAAACUGCAGGCGCCAGGAUUAUACCCUUGAGGGCUGGAAUUGCCCCUCCCAACAUCACUUCUCUCAGUCACUUUUUUAAAAACAACACCCCUAUUUGAUCACCCCCCUACACCAACCUCUCCUUUUUCCAUUUGGCACAGUGUCUAUACCUGUUCUUCAGUCUUUGUCUGCAAUACAAAGCUUCUACAUUGUAUACAUUUACAGCACACUUGCCUUACUCAGGGUACCUAAAUCAUUCCUGCCAUGAUUCUGAGCCAGUCUUUUAGCCAUUCUAGAGUGUCAACCAUUCUAAGUUACUGCCCAACAUUCAUAACCUGGACACAACUUGGCAAUACAUGAAAAGUGCUGCCUUGUAUUAUACCAAAUGUGUAAGCUACACAAAGGAUCAAUCAACAAAAGGCUCCCAAAGGAUCUGUCUUCAUUUUGUUUAAAAAAUGGAUAUUUAUUUUGCAGCAUAUGAAUAAUGCAUACUUGGGGUCAGCACUUAUGUUUCUGAUCAGCAUGAAGGAAAUGGAUACGUCCUGGAAAACAUGUCAGAUCUAGCAGCUCUAGAUGUUACAAGCUCAGCUCCUUGAAUGACAGCAGGGUUGGCCAUCCUGUGAAUCUACUGAUGGUGAUGGAACUAUUUAAUUCUUGUCUAAAAUUAAUGUAAGGACGAUUGAUUGAAAUUGAGUGUCAGCUUCAAAAUUAUCUAAACGAUUCUCCGUGCUUGCAUUUACUACUGCAACUGAAAAGCCAUUCCAUGUAUCUACUACCCUUUCUGUAUAGUAACACGUUCGCACUCUGUCCUUUAAAGGACCACUAUAGUGCCAGGAAAACAUACGCGUUUUCCUGGCACUAUAGGGUAUCUAGGUCCCCCCCACCCUCAGGGCUCCCCUCCUGCUGGGCUCUAGGGGGUGGAAGGGUGUUAAAUCUUACCUGUUUUCUCCCGCCUGGCUCCCUCGGCGCAGGUAACUCUCCUCCUCCUUUUCGCCAUCAUCGGCUGAAUGUGCAUGUGCGGCAAGAGCCGCGCGCGCAUUCAACCAGUGCAUAGGAAAGCAUUCUCAAUGCUUUCCUAUGGACGCUGGCGUCUUCGCACUGUGAAAAUCACAGUGAGAAGCACGGAAGCGCCUCUAGCGGCUGUCAAUGAGACAGCGGCUAGCCACUUUCUCUGAAACUGCUAUGUUUACAGCAGAAAGGGUUAAUCCUAGAGGGACCUGGCACCCAGACCACUUCAUUAAGCUGAAGUGGUCUGGGUACAUAUAGUGGUCCUUUAAUCUCCCCCUCUACCUACAUGACAAUGCAGCAUUGUAAUAUAUUUAUCCUAACCGUUAAAUCACAUUGCUGAUUAUCUGGAGAUAAGGUGAAACAAAUGUGAACUGUGUUGCAUAAUCCUCAUAUUAUUCCACAGAUAACUUGGGAAAAUCGUUCAAAUAAAAUCCGCUAAAAGAGGAAACUACGCGGGGCGUCACCCAUGUGUGGUUAGGGUAAAAAAUACCUUGUCAACAUCCAUUUCUUUGGGAGAUCAUUUAAUUAAAAUAGGGGUUCACCUCAAAUUGAGUCUCGCCUUCACUUAGGCAAUGUGCAAGGGGUUAAAGCAACUCUGUCACUGUCUAAUUUGCAAAGACCCCCAACAGUAACAUUGCCACUUGGUGUUGGUGUCUAAGAGGUGCAGGGGAAGGUAAGUUGUACUUAACCUGAACCUGUCCAUUAAAGCCGCCACCAUCCUCUUCCAUACGGUCCUCUUCAGCUGCCAAGAGCCGACGUCAGUGCUGUUCUCUGGAACAUGCGAAUGUUUCACCAUUGUAUUGACAACUUUUAUACUGCACAAUAAAAUGAACGUAAAAAAUAAAAUCUUACUUAACUCAAUUUGAUUCAAUGCUUUCCUACUGAUAAGGACUAGUGAAUGAGCGGAGCUCAACGCUCAUGUGCAUUAGGCUCCCCAUCACGCUGAUGUCGUAGAAGCUGGAGACGAAGCCAGCGCUGAGGUUUAAAUUUAAGGCAAAUGUAGCUGAACUUGGAGCAUCGCUAAAAUACAAUAAACAGUUUUUCAGGUUUGGCUAUUCUGGCAUUAAAUGCAUUUUGAAGCCCUGACAAUUCUCACUGUAGUAAAUAACAAAAUCCAUGCUAUGGUAUAAUAUAGGAAGGGAAUAUAAACAUCUUAAACAUACUCAGCCUAUUAGAUUUACUUGUUGUGCAUUAAUGCUCUAUAGAAGGGGUGAUGUCACUUUUAUUGCUAUGUAAUUAAAUUGCAUUAUUGUUUUACAUACUCUAACCUUCUCUGGGGCUUCCUGCUGCUAUAGUUUACACAAAGACCAUGUGCAUCUGCUUCCUGUAUCAUAGAGUGCUGGAGAUUUGUUGGACAGGAUGCCUGCUGUCUCUAUGUCACAGAGCAUCUUGCAGCUCUGUGAUUCCUCUCUAUGGUAUGUUGUGCCAGUUAUAGCAGGUACAAUAGGUCCUCCCACUAACAGAUAGGACUCUAAGGUCUCUAAGCAUAGGGUCCAUGUGCUAAUCAGCUUUCCUCAAACAUGUCCUUUAGGACCAUUAUUUAAGGAUAUCACAUUGCAUACCUCCCAAGUAUCCCCAUUUAGGAAGGACUGUCCCUGUUUUUGGCCCAAAUCCCUCAAUCCCCUUUUUCUACCCUAAUGUCCGUCUUUUCUAGGAGCUCCGCCUCCACAGCAAUACUACUUACAGCAAUGUGUCUUUACACUGCAAUAAAUGUGUUUAGAAAUAAAUAAAAUAGUGUUUUUUUUCUUCUAAAUUUCAUUUUAGUUGAAUAAAUUAAGCAGGUUACCUACAGAUCCUCAGAAUAGCCCCAUAUCCCCCACUCACAUUUUGUAUCUUUAGAGUGUUAAGAGGUAUGUGGGUCUCAAUUAAAAUGGCCACCUUUGACUGCCACUCUCAGUGCCAAAGCACAAGCAGCUUUAAAUUCUAGGGCACAUGUCUGAAGGACAAUAUGGAGUUUAUUUACUAAACUGGGAAUUGCUUUGUGACAAGAGAAUUGGAAGUCUGGAAAACUAGAGAAUUGGAAACCUGGAAAAAUUCUGAGUCAGAAAUUUCAAAAGUCAGAAUUUGUUGUUUAGCCCACAAAGUCAAUGCUAUUCCCUGUUUUUUUUUAGUAGUCUGCUCUUCCCAUUUAUUUGUAACAUUGUUCCUUCCACCCAACUACCAUGGGACCUAUGUAUGGCACCUUCUCUGAUUUUUGUUUCAGUUUGAAAAAUGGGAAUAUUAUUGUUGUAUUUUGAUGUUCACAUGUAUCCCACAUUUUUAUAUAUAUGUAUGUAUUUUGGAUUGUACCAUUUGUGUAAAGCAGUGGUAGUCUUUUUCUACCUACCGCCCACUAAUGCAUCUUUCUUGAUGGAAAAAUUUCCUUACCGCCCACCAGUUUUCGCGCAAGUGCAGAAUAUUUUUUAGAAAGGAGGGUACAUUUAUCUUUUUAUUUCUACUUAAUGCAUGUUUAUAGUGUUUUUAACUUUUUAAAGUUUAAUGAGAAAACAAUAAAGUAAAUUGAAACUGCCUUUACUAGUGAUUAAUGAGAUCCUUGAGGUUGAUGCUGCGAGACUAAAUAUUUGAUAUCUGGUUCGAUUUUCGUAAGGAACAAACGAAGGUCUCCUCUUUCGGUGAUAUUCAGACGACUUCUCUGUUUGCUCAUAAUAUGAUUUCUCAUCUGUGCGUUAGCUCCCCUCCUCUGCCUCCUCAAUUACCCUCCCCACCUUUUUUUUCCUUUUUUCUGUUUUUUAACCUUCCUUAUAGCAAUGCCCAGUAGGAAGGCUGAGCUAGGUAGCCCACUUACUAAUACUUACUACAGCCCACAAUAACAGACAGGCACACAUACAUACAUACAUACAUAAAGACACACUCACAAGACACAUAUACAGACACACACACACACACACAAGACACACAUACAAAGACACAUACAUACAAACAGACAGGCACACAUACAUACAGACACGAACACAUACACAGAUACAGACACACACACACACACAAGACACAUACAUACAAACAGACAGGCACACAUGCAUACAGACACACACACACAGACAUACACAUACAAAGACACACACAUAAGACAUACAUACAAAGACACAUACACACAUACAGACAGACAAGACACACAUACAUACAACGACACAUACACACACAACACAUACAUACAUACAUAUAUACAGACACAAGCCAUACAGACAAAGACACAUACAUAAGACACACAUACAUACAAAGACACAUACACACACACACACACAAGACAUACAUACAAAGACACAUACACACAAACAAACACACACAAAAUAUUUUAGUCACCCUCCUGUUUCCUACCCUGUUAGGUCCAGGAGGGUGACAUUCCCUGGGGUCCAGUGGUGGCUCAGGUGGAUGGGAGUCAGAGUUCCUACUCUGACUCCCUGGUCUUCCUCCCGGCGGUCUGUGUGUUAGCUGGGAGGAGUGACGUCCCAGAGCUGGGAGACUUCCUCCCAGCUCUGUGGGCCCCCUUACAAUCCACAUCCAUCGGGUGGCCCUGACAGCAUGGGCCACCCGAUGGACCCCUUGGACGGCGGCCCAGGCCACAAAUGUUGUAGGCGGUACCUGGUCGCACGGGUACCGCUGGCUCACACCCGCACGCCCGCCCAAUCUCUCAAAAUGAGGAAAUCCCUACCGCCCACCUGGAAUCCUGAAACGCCCACUAGUGGGCGGUAGGGACCAGGUUCCCAGACCUCUACCACCUACUCGACCAACGUAGGAAUGAUUCUCAUGGAGAAUCGUUACUGCGAUUUGAUUGGUUCUCUUCUCCGGCCAAGAUGAGAAGUGGGCAAUGAUAAGGUUGCAGAGGAGGUGAGAAAUGAAGAAUACAAUAAGAUAUUUAAGCUGCUAGGACAUCGAUGAUUUAAGGUUUAAAUGAUAAAAUACAAGAAAAGGGAUGAACAAGAGAAUAAAUAAGAAUAUACUAAAUUUUACCCAUACAGUUACUUUAUUAUUCUAUAUAUUAGUAGUAUUGUUUUAAUACUUUGUUCUGAGACCUUCUUGCAAAUUCUCUUGGAGUUCUAAGAUGUUGCUGCUAUUUAGGGGUGUUGUUGGAAAUGAGGGCUUAGACUUAGUGAUGGUUCCGUAACAAUUAAAUAUUGUGUAAAUUUGCCCAUUCCACACCUUUUUUACACUGAAUACAAAUCAUAUAAUUUUUUUCUUAGUUGUUUAAGAUGUUAUUGUGCUGUCUGUGGAUGCAGAAAAACCAGGACACAUAAAACAAUCAAUGAUUGCAUUCAGCAACAUAUAUUUGUUUAUUUACUCUGCGACGUAGGUGGCCAAAAGGUUUUUUCUUAUCCCUUUGCUCUAUUUGUGCUGACUGACAUGUACAAAAUGUUAGAGCUUUUAACAAGGACUAACGGGGAGACAAAAUGGAGGCAUUCUAUUCCAGGAUAAACAGGAAUACAGUCAGUGGCGUACACAUGAUCCAUGGGCCCCCCCGCGCUUACUCGGCGCGGGUCGGGGCCGCAACACAUGGCGGCGGGCACCUGGUCGCAGGGGUUGCAGGGCUGCGACCCCGCGACCGCGGUAUGCACACACACUUAAAGGACCACUACAGACACCCUGAUCGCAUCGGCUCAAUGAAGUGGUCUGGGUGCCAGGUACCGCUAGUUUUAACCCUGCAGCUGAAAACAUAGCCGUUUCAGUGCUGGGGGGGAUUCCCUGGGGUCCAGUGGUGCUGACCCCGGCGGGCGGGCUGUCUGUCUCGGUGGCCGGCGCGCGAGGGAGCACUCAGUGCUUCCUCUUCAGCUCCCUCGCGCGCCGCGUGGGGAUGCCGGCUCCGGAAGAUGAUGUCAUCUUCCGGCUCCGGUAUCAGUGCGGUGCGCGAGGGAGCUGAAGAGGAAGCACUGAGUGCUCCCUCGCGCGCCGGCCACCGAGACAGACAGCCCGCCCGCCGGGGUCAGCAGGGCCAGCCUCGGGGGGCGCUGGGGUGGUCGGCUCCUGGGCCCCCCAGGGGAAGAGGCUGGCCCUGGGCGUACAUACCGGGUCGCAGGGGUGGCCGGGCCCCCUGGUGGGCCGGGCCCGGUCGCAGCCGCGACCCCUGCGACCCCGGUAUGUAGCCACUGAAUACAGUGGUGUGGACUUAUACAUCUAAUUUAAUUUUUCAGAUGUCAUAAGUACAUAUAUGCUACAUAUAGGGUAUACGUGAACACAACUUCAAAAAAUCCCGGGAAGUGGUUUAGCCUGUAAAGUAACAGGAGCCUGAAAUCGGGAUGGUCCUACUGGUUUCGGUACAGUUUUCAGUCAUGCAGUAAAUGUAUCGUGUACCAUGAAAAGCUGUUCUAGUUAUACUUACCUUCUGACCCUUUCUCCAGGACAGCAUUACUGUAACAACAAUUUUCAUGUCCAACCAUGCUGCCGCACCUUUUGGGUAACGAUUGACCCUGCUUGAGGUCACUUCCCCAAGCAGAGCAAUCUUCUCCAAAUGGAAGCUUCACUACCAGCACAUGUCAGAACUUCAUACUCUACUUCUACAACUAUAAGACACAAUUCCUGGAGGAAUAUCACUGUGAUGGAACGCAGAAGAACCGCAUGGAUUAGGGUUCUCCUGCUCUCCCCGUCACUCCAUCUUUUGCUUAGAGAGGUCAAUGCCAAGUAUUAAUUGACUGUUGAUGGAAAAGACACAAUUUUAAAGUUCAUUAAAUUAAAACAAUUAUAUAUAUGCUAGCAUUUCUGCCUGCACAAUGUGUAGAUGAAAUGUAACGCUCUUUAAAAUUAAACCUGUUCUGUGUAUUAUGACAGGUGCACUUUAGCUAUUCUUUUUGUUCAAUAAAUGUCUCCAUACCAAGCAAGGUAGAAAAAAACAGAGUUCUGUUAAUGAAAUACUUGAAAAAAUAAACAAAACUAAAUAACCGAGCUUGGUAUAACAUAAACUAAUUACGGAAACAAAUGAGAAAUAAAUAAACUAUAAGUAUGAUAAAUCUUCACCUAGAUUAAGAUUCAUAUAGAGUAGACCAACACACCAAAAGGAACUGGACUGACUUGGCGUGAUCUCACUUGUGAGGUGGACUGUGAAAAAUUAUUGGACUUUAUUGGGAUGUUUCCAUUAACUUUUUUUUCUCAUGAACUUGUUCCGUCCAAGUGCUGGCUGCCGUCUGAGAUCCAUUGCCUUCCUAUGAGUCAAACAAUCCGUUGAAGUGAUAUCACCCCUCCUUUUAUGCAGAAGCAGGGGGAGAGCUUAAUGAAAGUUCAGCCAGUGAGUUAUCCUUUUUGUAACAUAUAAAAAGGCCAAAAUGUAAGAUAUUUUUUGGCAGAUUGAAAAUAAAUAUAUUGUAAUGAAGAAAUGUCAUGUGCGUUAGAUGACAUUAGGGAGUUAUAUAUUUUCUCAGAAGGAUGGACAGAUAUUAGAAAAUUAUGUUUCCUUUCGGUAGUUAUGAAAAAUGUAUUCUACAAUGCAGCCUUAAAAUAACAUCUGAUGGGGGCAGGGCCUGACCGCAGAGCUGUGAGGAUGCUCAUCUCAGCAGCUCCUGCUGAACGCGGCAUUUAAAGCUGACUUUCACUCUCAAAACGGCACUCAAUCGAGAUUAAAAGGCCACCAAACGAGAGAGGGAAACAAGGUGAACAGAAUGACACCUUUCAAGCAACACAUCGAGCAAUACUUACCCGCAACAAUCGUGAGUCCAACAAACAUGGCAGGUGCAGCAGCACUGAGCCGGGUAUCUGGAAGUAAGCCCUUGUUUCCCCACUCUGGACCGGUGGGGGUCAUCCCGGUCUACCCCCACAUGAUCCCCCGGCAAAGCAGUGAGACAGUGAAAGCUCCGUGGAGCCCCGAGCCAACCGUUACUGUGGUUCCCAAAAUGGCAGGUGCUCACCACACCGCCAACCCACACAACGCAUGGCGCAAAACGGAGCUCCGGCUGAGCAGCAUCUUUACUGCCUUCUGGGUGAAACUGAAAGCCUGCAUGAGACCCUAAACGCCUGAGAAACCACUAAAAACGUUGCCAAGGAGCACACCACAAGCCGCCAGGCGGGGAGACAGAGUAGCCCCCUCCACACUCACUACCAUGAGCGGUCGACACCACCAGAGGUCCCUCUCGGGGCCAGGUUCAUGCGACCUUCAAGAGAGCAAUAGUAAACUGAGACUGAUUGCUGGAACUGCGGGGGCACCUAUGAGCAACCCACAUGACGACCUCGUCAAAGGGGUAAAGCCAGCUCGAACAGGCAGGUGCAAAAGCGAGAUGUGAGACCCGAGAAAGCGACAGUUUCAGGAGGGCCCUUGCGGAGCCACAGCAACCCUUGGCACAGAUGGAUCGGGUGGAAGCCCCUGGGAUGAAGUCGGCGACCGCAGCUGGGUCCAGUUGGGUGAGGUCUGAGGGGGUGACAGUAGGCCUGCCAUGCGCAGUUGUGAGUACAUUUCAGGGUAGCUCCGAGCUCGGUAAGUGGUGUCCUGAUGCGUGAAGGUGAUCAUGUUCGGUGUUCCCCAUUUAUACUGGAUGCUCUUGUUCCUGAGGUGUUGUAAGAGGGGCUGCAUGGUCUUGCGCCAACCCAUAGUGCUUUUUGUUAGGUCCUGAAAGAGGGACAACGUGGCUCCCUCGAAUGUCAGAGGAGUUUUCCCCUGCGCGGCUGCCAACAGCUGGGCUCUGUCUUGCAGAUUUUGAAAGCGGAGGAUUAGGUCUGUGUGUGCCGCGGCUGGCGCCGUUGCGGGUCUUGGCAGUCUGAACAUACCAUCUAGUCGCACUGCUUUUGCCUGUUUGGGCGGCAGUAGAUCGGCCAGCAGGCGCCUAAUGAAGUGCGGUAAAGGGGAUUCAUACGAAUCCAGGCAGAGCCGCAUUAUGUUGACUAUUUUCAUGUAUUUUACCUCUCGAACAGAGACCGACCACAAGGCCAAUGUGUGCGGUCGGUGAAACGAACACCUCCAUGAAAUUCCCGAACACCUGAUCAGAACUGGGUGAUAUUUGAGUAUGUUGCUCACCCAGAUCAGGGCUAUACGGGGAUGUGUCAUUUAGGGGUGCAUGUCAUGGUUUUCGGGUACAUCUGGAAAAUGGGGAAAAAUGUGUGUUGAAACUGUACUGUUAAUUGGGUUACCUCUCAGGCUGAGGGGAGGGGAUGUGUGGGCUGUAACCAAUAUGUGAUUGGCUAAUGUAUAAUUUUCUGUGGGUGUCUCCCUUGCAUGUCAGAGUUGCAUAAAAGCAGUGUAUGUGGCAUUAAACAUCAGUUCUGCUCCUGAUACAGUUCUGCUCCUGAUACUGCUACUGAUGCUGUUCUUCCUGUGCUAACUACUUGCCCCUGAGUAACUCUUGGAAUACCAGUGGAGAAAGUCUAUAUGGAACUAGUGCUCCGCUACACCCACACCAGACGACAGGGGGUUCUUCUUCCCAGGAGCCUCUGUGCCUGGGAGCCAAAGUGCGGGAAAAGGGAUCGUCCCUUUGUCUUCCAGGCACAGAAAAGCCCGCCAAACCGGCCAGUGCCCCAAAAGUGCCCACAUAAACCACACGGACCCUCACAACGGCCCCUGUCUCGAACCAUCUCUGUUUUCGGGAUCCAGGCAAGGGAAGCGUCUCCUUAUGUCUAUACAAAAGAGCAGCCACCCAGGGAAGCACUCAUUAAUUACUUCCCUUGCGGUUUCACACUUAUGUUGCGAGUGCGAACAUUUAAUUGAUCGGUGUGAACGUUCUAAUGGGGCACCGGGAAGGUCCUCGUUCGGGAAACGAACAGUUCGGGAAGCGAUCCAUGACGGUGGCUUCCCUGGCGGUUUUGGCACUGGGUCAAGGUGAGAACAUUCUAAUUAACAUUCUAACUAGGGUUCUAAAUGGGCUAUUGGGGUGGUCCCCAUUCGGGAGACAGAUGAGCUCCUUUCGCAUGAACGUUCCCGAACGUUGAGCAGGGCACAACAGGUGGAAUACAGGGAGGACAUAUAUAUUACAAGUAGGGAAUACACAAACUGAGCGUGGGUCUGCCACAGUUGGAUAGAUGGAAUAAUGGAUGGAUGGGUGGAUAGAUGGACAAAUGGAUGGAAGGAUGCAUGGAUGAGUGGGUGGAUAGACGGACAGAUGGAUGGGUUGGAGUAACCAUUUAUUGUCUAACUGUUGGAGUAACCAUUUAUUGUCCUUCCUGGGUCACUUCUAUUUUACCGACAGAGGUAGUCAAGAUAUGGAUUACAUCCCUGCUGCCACUAUAUGUAACACAGCAAGUGACAUAAUAAAGCAGAAGGAAAGUCAUUGCCACCCAAUGUCAUCUUACUUCUAGGGCUAGUAAUAAUCUGUCUAUUUAUUAGUGGUAUUUUGGUUUUAUAGGUAAUAAGUAAUAAUUGUACACCAUGCCAUGUCUCCGAAGCAAGUCAUUUACGAUGCCUUAUGGGACAUACUCUGCUCCUAGUAUGUAGCUUUGAAUUUUGAGAAAACAAACAAAAAUUUUUUAAUUAUUUCUUAGCAGUGGUGGAGUCACGUCUACAAAUACAAUUGACAAUACACAGGCUUCUGGCUGUCGUUUUACUGAUAUUGAACUUGAUUUAGUAAGAAGCAUUGAGAACAAACAUUGACUGAAUUGGGUAAAAAACAACCAAUCACAUUACAUUGGGUAUAGAGCGCAGUUUUCCUUUUUUUGUUAAAGGACCACUAUAGUGCCAGGAAAACAUACUCGUUUUCCUGGCACUAUAGUGCCCUGAGGGUGCCCCUACCCUCAGGGUCCCCCUCCCGCCGGGCUGGAUGGAGAGAAAGGGGUUAAACUUACCUCUUUCUCCAGCGCCGAGUGGGGAGCUCUCCUCCUCCUCUCCGGCUGAAUGCGCAUGCGCGGCAGGAGCUGCGCGCGCAUUCAGCCAGUCCAUAGGAAAGCAUUCACAAUGCUUUCCUAUGGACGCUGGCGUCUUCUCACUAUGAAAAUCACAGUGAGAAGUGCGGAAGCGCCUCUAGCGGCUGUCAAUGGCUGCCACUAGAAGCUGGAUUAACCCUAAUAUAAACAUAGCAGUUUCUCUGAAACUGCUAUGUUUAUAAAAAAAAAAGGGUUAAUCCUAGAUGGACCUGGCACCCAGACCACUUCAUUAAGCUGAAGUGGUCUGGGUGCCUAUAGUGGUCCUUUAAUAUCACUGUCUAUGUCCAAUCCCUGACCCACAAAUACACGGUGCUUUUGAAAAUGUUCAGGUUUUUCAUUUUCCUUUUUUUAAAUAGUUUUUUUUACGUUUUAUACAUUUCAAGAGUUUGCUUACGUGGGCUAGAUAAUCAUUUUUAAGGGGUUUAAUUGACAUAAACAAUGGAUAUUAUGUAAGCACAAUUUUGUUUUUUUAACGUUUUAUUGUUUCCUGCUUCCUAAAAGUGGGUGAUUGUUUGAAAGGGACAGUCAAUCUGGUACUUUAACGUUGCUUGCACACAUUGGUACAAGUAUUCUGCCGGGAUAGAGGCUGUGUGAGGACAUGCCGGUGACCCAAUUUGCACAUAGCAGCAGACUGACAGCAUAGCACAGUAUGGUGGUCAAGCAGUGUAGAAUGGCUCUGGGAAUGCUACAAAACUGGUUCAUGGAUUGCGGGAUAAAACUUACCAGGAAAGGUUAAAGGAUCUUAACAUGCAUAGCUUGGAGGAAAGACGAGACAGGGGGGAUAUGAUAGAAACAUUUAAAUACAUAAAGGGAAUCAACACAGUAAAGGAGGAGACUAUAUUUAAAAGAAGAAAAACUACCACAACAAGAGGACAUAGUCUUAAAUUAGAGGGACAAAGGUUUAAAAAUAAUAUCAGGAAGUAUUACUUUACUGAGAGGGUAGUGGAUGCAUGGAAUAGCCUUCCAGCUGAAGUGGUAGAGGUUAACACAGUAAAGGAGUUUAAGCAUGCGUGGGAUAGGCAUAAGGCUAUCCUAACUAUAAGAUAAGGCCAGGGACUAAUGAAAGUAUUUAGAAAAUUGGGCAGACUAGAUGGGCCGAAUGGUUCUUAUCUGCCGUCACAUUCUAUGUUUCUAUGUCUGUUUGUGUGUGACUGUCUGUGUGUGACUGCCUGUGUGUGUGUGUGUGGCUGUCUGUGUGUGUGACAGGGUGUGUGGGAAGGGGGGGGGAGGAGUGGGGGUAGGUGGCGCGGUGAAGAUGUUUCGCACAGGGCUCCCAAAGGCCUAAGGCCAGCCCUGUCUGGGAGUUUACUGAACUCUAGGUCCCCUAAAUGGCCCUGGAUGUCCUCACGCUCAGGCCUAAAAACUACUACUGAUUAAUGAGUAUUAUACCUGUUGAUUCUGGUGACUUAAUUAUUAUUGGUGGCCCGAUUAAAGAGGAUUAUAGCUAUUCUUAAAUAAUGAGCCCUUUGUGGGUGAUCAUCCCAGUCUUUCUCCAAUUUUACAAUUCAGUGAUAUAUCUAUGGUGACGACUCCCAUCAAAAUAGUCUGAACCCCCAGAAUUACUCUUAAUGCCUAACCCCCAUUGUAUAAAUUCUAAUGUUCAAAUUAAACAUAUCUAGCACCCAGUACCAUAGCUAUAUUAGGUAAGAGAAUGUUUUCAAAUGGUUUAUAUGCGCACAGACGGCUCCCUAUAAAACAGCAUUUGUUACUUUCAUUGGAGUCUGAUGAAAUGCAGCAAAGAUGCCUAGACCUAAUUAUAUAUCCAUGUAUGCACUAAAAUCAUUAUUCAUCUUUUGCAAUUUGCAUAAACUUGAAAGUCUACACAUGUGUAAAUGUCAUUUCACUGGUUAUUGUGGAUGUCAGGGUUCUAAUGCUCACCUUUUUAGGGGAUACUCUAGUUUUAGAGAAUUUUGGUGGAAUGAUGGAUUAUAAUUGGGCAGACAUAGUAUGGUGAUUAGAAUUGGGCAGAUAUAUAGUAUGGUGAUUCGAAUUGGGCAGACAUAGUAUGGUGAUUAGAAUUGGGCAGACAUAUAAUAUGGUGAUUAGAAUUGGGCAGGCAUAUAGUAUGGUGAUUCGAUUGGGCAGACAUAUAGUAUGGUGAUUCGAAUUGGGCAGACAUAGUAUGGUGAUUAGGAUUGGGCAGACAUAGUAUGGUGAUUAGAAUUGGGCAGACAUAUAAUAUGGUGAUUAGAAUUGGGCAGGCAUAUAGUAUGGUGAUUCAAUUGGGCAGACAUAUAGUAUGGUGAUUCGAAUUGGGCAGACAUAGUAUGGUGAUUAGGAUUGGGCAGACAUAGUAUGGUGAUUAGAAUUGGGCAGACAUAUAAUAUGGUGAUUAGAAUUGGGCAGGCAUAUAGUAUGGUGAUUCGAUUGGGCAGACAUAUAGUAUGGUGAUUCGAAUUGGGCAGACAUAGUAUGGUGAUUAGGAUUGGGCAGACAUAGUAUGGUGAUUAGAAUUGGGCAGACAUAUAGUAUGGUGAUUCGAUUGGGCAGACAUAUAGUAUGGUGAUUAGAAUUAGGCAGACAUAUAGUAUGGUGAUUAGAACUGGGCAGACAUAUAAUAUGGUGAUUAGAAUUGGGCAGACAUAGUAUGGUGAUUAGAAUUGGGCAGACAUAUAGUAUGGUGAUUAGAAUUAGGCAGACAUAGUAUGGUGAUUAGAAUUGGGCAGACAUAUAGUAUGGUGAUUAGAACUGGGCAGACAUAUAGUAUGGUGAUUAGAAUUGGGCAGACAUAUAAUAUGGUGAUUAGAACUGGGCAGACAGAUAGUUUGGUGAUUAGAACUGGACAGACAGAUAGUUUGGUGAUUAGAUUUGGGCAGACAUAAGUAUGGUGAUUAGAAUUAGGCAGACAUAUAGUAUGGUGAUUAGAACUGGACAAAUAGUUUGGUGAUUAGAAUUGGGGAGACAUAUAGUAUGGUGAUUAGAAUUGGGGAGACAUAUAGUAUGGUGAUUAGAACGGGACAGACAGAUAGUUUGGUGAUUAGAUUUGGGCAGACAUAUAGUAUGGUGAUUAGAAUUAGGCAGACAUAUAGUAUGGUGAUUAGAACUGGACAAAUAGUUUGGUGAUUAGAAUUGGGGAGACAUAUAGUAUGGUGAUUAGAAUUGGGGAGACAUAUAGUAUGGUGAUUAGAACGGGACAGACAGAUAGUUUGGUGAUUAGAUUUGGGCAGACAUAUAGUAUGGUGAUUAGAAUUAGGCAGACAUAUAGUAUGGUGAUUAGAACUGGACAAAUAGUUUGGUGAUUAGAAUUGGGGAGACAUAUAGUAUGGUGAUUAGAACGGGACAGACACAUAGUUUGGUGAGUAGAAUUAGUGGAGACAGCAUAUGUAUUAGAGUUGGACAGACAACAUGGUGAUUUGAGUUUGACAGACAGACAGCAUGGGGGAUUAUUCUUGCUAGAACAUUUAGAGGUUAGUUUGCAACGAAAUGCCAGAGAGUUGAACACACAAUAGUGAUUAUAGAUGAUAUUACAAACUUCAUAGGGACAGACCACCUGGCAAUCAGAGUUGGGAAUUCAGACAGACAGACAAUAUGGGGAUUUGAGAUGGACAAAAAGAUAGUCAGAUUGGAAAUUAGAGCUGGACAGACAGACACCAUGAGGAUUAGAGUUGGAAAGACAUCAUGGGUUUGGGGGUUGGACAGACAGUGUGGGGUUUACAUUUCUACAGACAGACCUGACAUUACGGUUGUUCAGACAGAUAGUAUGAAUAUUAAGGUUUGACAGAUAGACAUAGAGGGUAUUACAGUUGUUUAGACAGAAAACAAGGGUAUUACACUUGAAUAGACUACAUGGGUUUUUAUUUUGGACAAAUAGACAUCAAAGGGAUUAAGGCUGAACAGACAGCCAACAUGAGGAUUACAGAUGGAAAGACAGACUCCAUGGGUGUUACAGUUAGUAAGACAAACAGUAUCAGUAUUAGAGCUGGACAAACAACAGACCUCAUGGAUAUACAGUUGGACAGACAGACAGCAUGGGGAUUAACGUUGGACAGACAGACUACCUUGGUAUUAAGGUUGGACAGACAGACAGCUGGAGAAAGCAUGGAGUUUACAUUUGGACAGAAUGGAGAUUGGAUGGACAGAAUGGAGAUUAGAGUUGGACAGACAGACACCCUGGACAUUAGAGUUAUAGACAGACAGACCACAUGGGUAUUAAAGAUGGUCAGAAAACAUCAAAGAAUGUAAUUCCUUAUUGAAAAGUGUGACCAAAAAUACCCACUCUUUAAAUCUAAUAGAAUCUUAUUUUAAAGUACUUAAUAGGGGGCACUUAGUUCCAGAGAGAAUGAACAAAAUGUUCUCAAGUGAGGAUCCUCUUUCUUGGAGAUGUCAAACAACAACAGGCACACAUCUACAUUUAUGGUGGGAGUGUGUUAAGAUCAAAGACUUAUGGGAUAAAACUUAUCAGUUGAAGUUUACAACUUUAAACUAUAAAAUAAAGAAAGUGCCUUACUUUACUUUAAUUGGCCCCCUAUGUCCCUUGUGAACAAACUGAUUAUAAUACACCUAUUUCUGACCACUAAAUUUGUGAUUUCAAAACUCUGGAAAAAUUUAUAUAAUAUUUCUUGGUUAUUAGUUAAAAAAAACAAUUUGAAUUUCAGGUCAAGAUGGAACAACUGUUUAGCAAACAAAGUCUAAAAAAAAAAUAAUAGAAAAACAUCUCCCUGGGAUAUCUGCUCGGAAAAGAUAAAUAAUGUUCUAAUUACAUUUAGUCACUAGAAUAACGGUAAAAUCUUCAAAGUACGGGGAAGGUGAUAUAAAAUAUGGUCUGUAUAACAUUUCAGAUAUUAUAUAAUAAGUGUAAAACCUGGACACUAGUAAAAAAAAAAAAAAGAAAAUAAGAAAAAUCAAGGUCAUGUUCAUUCUUAAAAGCCAGAAAUUCCUGGCUGUUGGAAUAAAGGUAACUCCCCUCCCUCUCUUGGCACUGUAUAGGAAGUUGGUAUGUCGUGUCUGUUGUUUUGUUAAAUACUGUGAUUUUUUUUUUAUUUUUUUCGCUUUCUCAUCUGAAAUUGCAAAUUGUAAAUGGCUGCACAAUUGGACAUUCAUCUAUGUCUGUAUAGAUAAUAGAAGCACAUUCAUCUGAUUGAGAUACGCGCCAUCAGAAUAUAUGUGUUAAUAUGUCUAAUGUAUUUUCUUAUGUUUUAUAUAUCAUUUUUUUAAAAUAUAUAAAAAAAAUUCAAUAAAGAUUAUAAAAAAUAAAAAAAAAAGAUAGACAGAAAAGCUGUAUGAUAAUGGUACCCUGUUUUCUCCUCUCAGUUGGCUCAGAAGUAUGACCCCCAUAAGGAGGCCGAGCUCAGAGAAUGGAUUGAAAGCACCACGGGGAGAAGCCUUGGGAACAAGUUCAUGGACGCGUUGAAAGAUGGAGUCAUUCUGUGCGAGUAAGUUAACGGUUAACUGGCAGGAACAGUCUUCUCUGGGAAAAAAAUAGUACUUCUGUCUACGGCUUGAAUGAGGACUUUGUGCCAAGCAUGAUGGGUGGCUCAAUCUAUGUCAGGGCCAAGCACCAUACCUCUGGUAUGUGGGGCUGAGAUGUGUGAAUCAUGGAAGAUAGCUGUGUGUGUUGCAGUUGUGAGACGUUGCUAUCAGACCGUGACACACCAUGUGCAAAUGUGAAUGUUUGCAGGUCAGCAAGCACUUUAGCUUGGUUUGUCCAUUACAGAGAAAGAUGGCAUUGCUUGCCUAGUAGGUGAUGGAGAUAUCGGCACCAAUACCUAACUUAUCAUCGCUCUUAUUCCUCCAGGUUGAUUAACAAGCUUCAACCCGGUUCCGUUCGGAAGAUCAAUGAGUCCACACAAAACUGGCAUCAGGUAAAUGGUGCAGAUAUCAUGCCACCUUUCUGUAGGAGAAAAUCACAUUGAAAACGUGAUGGUAUCUGCAGGACACGAAUGAGGAGAAUACAUUUCAAGAUGUGAUAUGGUUGCUGAUUUAGUAGUUGGGGAACCAGAGAUAUAGAGUUUCAAAGAUAAGGGGGUUACCUAAAAAAAUUAUAGCAGACCUUCAUAGGGUGACUGAUUCAUAUAGUGAGGUCAACGAGUUUGACCUUUAAUUAUGAUUAAGAUAUGUGAACAAGUGGGUCUUCAAUAAUGACUGAGAUAUGAGAACAGGUGGGCCUUUAAUAAUAAUUGAACUAUGAGCGUAGGCGGACCAUUAAUAAUGAUUGAAAUAUGAGAACAGGUGGAACGUUAAUAAUGAUUGAAAUAUGAGAACAGGUGGACCUUUAAUAAUGAUUAAGAUAUGUGAACAGGUGGGUCUUUAAUAAUGAUUGGGAAAUGAGAACAGGUGGACCUUUAAUAAGAAUAAUUAUUAUUAUUUUAUUAUUUAUAUAGCACCAUCACAUUCCGUAGCGCUGUACAAUGGGUGGACUAACAGAUAUGUAAUUUUAACCAGACAAUUGGACGUACAGGAACAGAGAGGUGGAGGGCCCUGCUCAAUGAGCUUACAUUCUAGAGGGAGUGCUUAUAUUCUAGAGGGAGUAAUGAUUGAGCUAUGAAAACAGGUGGGCCUUUAAUAAUGAUUGAGAUAUGAGAACAGGUGGGCCUUUAAUAAUGAUUGAGGUGUGAGAAUAGGUGGCCCUUUAAUAAUGACUGAGGUAUGAGAACAGGUAGGCCGUUAAUGACUGAGGUGUGAGAAUAGGUGGGCCUUUAAUAAUGAUUGAGGUAUGAGAACAGGUGGGCCGUUAAUAAUGAUUAAGAUAUGAGAACAGGUGGGCCUAUAAUAAUGAUUGAGGUAUGAGAAUAGAUGGGCCUUUAAUAAUGAUUGAGAUAUGAGAACAGGUGGAACUUCAAAAGUGAUUGAGAUAUGAGAACAGGUGGGCCUUUCAUAAUGAUUGCAAUAUGAGAACAGGUGGGCCUAUAAUAAUGAUUGAGAUGAGAACAGGUGGGCCUUUCAUAAUGAUUGAGAUAUUAGAACAGGUGAGUCUCUAAUAAUGAUUGAGGUAUAAAAACAGGUGGGCCUUUAAUAAUGCUUGGGAUAUGAGAACAGGUGGAGCUUUAGUAAUGAUUGAGAUAUGAGAACAGGUGGGCCUUUAAUAAUGAUUGAGGUGUAAGAAUAGGUGGGCCUUUAAUAAUGAUUGAGGUAUGAGAACAGGCUGGACUUUAAUAAUGAUUGAGAUAUGAGAACAGGUGGGUCUUUAAUAAUAAUAGCGAUAUGUGAACAGGUGGGUCUUUAAUAAUGCUUGGGAUAUGAGAACAGGUGAAUCUUUAGUAAUGAUUGAGAUAUGAGAACAGGUGGGCCUUUAAUAAUGAUUGAGGUGUAAGAAUAGGUGGGCCUUUAAUAAUGAUUGAGGUAUGAGAACAGGUGGGACUUUAAUAAUGAUUGAGAUAUGAGAACAGGUGGGUCUUUAAUAAUUAUAGCGAUAUGUGAACAGGUGGGUCUUUAAUAAUGAGAGGGAAAUGAGAACAGGUGGGCCUUUAAUAAUGAUUGAGAUACGAGAACAGGUGAAACUUUAAUAAUAAUUGAGAUAUGAGAACAGAUGGCCCUUGAAUAAUGAUUAAAAUAUGAGAACUUUCAGAGUGACUGUACUUGCUACCAGCUUUUUAAUAAACAAUGAGCAUUAUGGUGGGAGGUAUGCAGUAACAGGAGUGUGGGUUCAGCCAGAUAUUCUUAUUUCCCCAGGUAAGCUGUGAUGCCACAAAUGGUCCUUCCACAUUAAAAAAUAAAGUUACUUUAGGUGGCCUCUUUGCUAGUCCCACGUGGGCCAUCCCUACCACAUCCCACAAGGCUGCGCAUAUGGUAACUAUACAUUGUGAUUGAAAACCUGAUUUACUUUCUUACAGCUGGAAAACAUUGGGAACUUUACCAAAGCGAUCACAGACUAUGGAGUCAAACAACAUGAUAUAUUUGAGGCCAAUGAGCUAUUUGAGAACUGCAACUUAACCCAAGUCCAAUCUACGCUUCUGGCCUUAGCCAGCGUGGUAAGUUUGUAUGCACUAUAUAGAGAGAGACUGUACUGGAAAGCAGUGAGUGCUCAGGAUAAAGUGCCAGUCUUUUUAUUGCAUCCAGCAAAUUGAGGCUAAUGGAUAACCUAUUCACUAAAAUGAUAUUUUUAUUUUAGAACUGGCAAUGAUGGAGAAAGCCCCAAAGACUGCUCUAAUUGGCAGAAUUUGUGUUGUUGAGAUUCUAUUAAGCUACAGUACCACAAAUUGCCACUAGAGGGUAUGUGAGAUAGAGUAAAUGCAGUAACGUCAACGGCAAGAUGUUUUCUGUGAUUCCACCCAAUAAAGCUGCAAAAUAGUAAUAAUAUAUAAAAUGUCCUAUUCUGAGAUUAUUAGCUGUCCUCCUUGAGGUACCUAAUAUCUGAGUGUUUCAGAAAGGUUGGGCUGGGGCUAUUAAUCAUCCAGGAAUACUACAGGAGCGGUUCUUUAUUUUUUAUCAGGGCCCAAAUUAUACACAAGAUACAAACUUGGGACCCAUUCGGCACGUUUUAAAUUAGCUCAGUGACUCGUUUUUUCAGCUGCAGUAGUAUAUGUAUCAAAACCAGUUCCACAAAAUACAUUUAAUAGACUGAUUCCGGCAUGAAAGGGGCAUUUAGGAAAGCAGUGCAGCUCCCGUAAAUCAUUUUUUUGUAGGCAUUUGCCCAGGGCUUGAUCCAAUUAUCGUGGGACUCACUGUAAUAACAUGAGUACUCAAACUGGGACUUGACCCAAAUGACAAAAACAUCUCGUAUGAGUAUCAGACGUAAAGUAGCCACUCCAGUAGCCAGGAAUUCAAAGUGAAUUUCACAUUUAAGGCUAAAAUAUCCAAAUUUAAAACCAGAAUAGUCUUGGAGAAUUCCCUAUUCUCACCUUGAUGAAAAAUCAUCCCGGGGAUGACGUACACCAAAGACCUAAACACCGAAGGGUCAGUGGUAAAAAUAAAGUCCUUUAAUGGAGUUGGUGUAAUAGGAACGCAAUGCUGCCCAAGAUUCUGUAUAAAAAAGGAAUUCUGGGACAAAGUUCUAAACGUGGCCUAAUCAGCACAGACAUUCCAAUGGUGUCUUCAGUGAUGGAGACUUUGUUCCACAAUUGCUCAUUAUAAAUAACCCAAACUGUACAAAAUCAGAAAUCAGUAGAAAUUGGUUUGUCUGGUCUCACUCCAAGUCCUUCUCAAAUAUGCUUUAUAAUCCGAGAUCAUAAAUCUGGCACUACGCGUGUUACUUUAUAUGGACAGGAUGUGUGCACCAGGUCCAAAUUCUGCUGUAAUCACAAUGAACUAAUAGUCAAUUCUUAGCGCAUGGAAGGACAGUCAUAUCAUUACAUUUAUAAAGUGAAUGCUUAAUUAAUUUCCCCUGCAUUCAAAUUAAUAAAAUAUGUGUAUAAUAUAUAUAUAUAUAUAUAUAAAGAACAUAAUCCGGUGCACCCAGAGACUGACAGGAUUAUUCACUAAAUUGUGCAUUUCAAACUGAAUUUAAAUUGAAUUUUCAAAUCAUGAUCACUGAUCAUGCACACAUUAAUAAUAUAAUAUAAACAGUAUUCUAAUGGUAAAUUUAAAAUAAUAUUUGAAUAAUAAAUGGCAUAUUUUUUUUGUAGCAUAAAAAAAAAAAUAGACAGUACUCCUCCCCUAUGUCUCUGAUUUUAUUGAGUUUAUUGUCUAAGUUCAGAAUUGUAGGUAAUUGUUAAGGAAUAAUAGCAAUAAUUCAGGUAUAUUGGCCACAAACACAACUGUUUCAACAAAUGUCUUUGGUCCUUACAUUUGCAAUUCCCUGGUCAACUUUUCACAACUCACAAUUUAGUGAAGAUGCAUACUAUCUUGGAAAUCAUUGAAAAGUUCUUGAACAGACCUAUUUUGGCUAGAUCGAUAUCGACAGUAUCCAAAUGAUGAGGACAGUGAGAGGCAGAACAAAAAGACCAUCGGGGGUUGUCCUGUCUCUCGUUGGGAGGAAACUUGCUUGUAUUUUUGAUCUGGUCUUCCCUUAUAAGUGGGAUCAGUCUGCUAUAUCUGUCCAAUAUAUACUUUAAUGGGCAUUUUGGGUGUUAAAGAGGAGGGACAGAACGUGGCAGAGAGUGGGGAAAAAAUACUUAGAACUUUUGAUUCAUUGAAAGAGGGAUUUAUCAAUAGACACCCCAGGAUCUUUAGGGAACACAUCCUAUGGUAGGUGGUUCCAUGCAAUUUUAUCCGAUAUGUUUUGCUGCUAUCAGACGAGAAUAAUUAACUCAAUCAUGCCCAUUCCCUGGAGAACCCAAUGGUGAAGCUGCCCCAUUCAUGGAUACAACACAAUCUGAUUUUCUUGUGACACAACACAGCAGAAUGUCCAAGAAUCGUUAGUUUGAGUAUUAAGAAACUCCUGUAUAGCAGAUAGAAGUAUGAUGAUGCUGUUUCUCGUGUUAACCAUGUAAUGUUGGGAAUCACUGAGAUUAUCAGAAUGUAUCUUCCCUUACAACAUGUCUUAUUGACACUCUAACAGACCCAUCUAACUAAACUCACAAUGGAAACAAUGGCAACAUACAUUCCUCAAUACCUUAAAGAGUUAUCAAGAUUAUUAUCGGAAUGGAAUUUGCUAAACAACGUGUUUGUUGUCUGUUUUUCCCCCCAAGUUACCCAGUAACUCCAUACAGCAACAUACCUUCAUUCAGACAUAUGAAUAAAUAUGUGCAUGUAUGAUGGUCCUUAUUGGUGUAAGGGGCAAUUAUCCGUAUAUGGAGUAAGGUUCAAGUGAGAACGUAGGAUAGAAUAAAAGAGCAAAGUCAGUUGUGGUGUGCCGAUACCGACGAUAAGGUAGGCCUGUAAAUAAAGAGGGCAAAAAUUGAAUAACCAAAGAUUUAAUACAGUCAACAAUUAUAUACAAUUAUCCAGACUUUUCUUUAAAAGUAUUUCUUAAUUCUUGUGUAGGUUUUGGUAUGUAGGUUGUGUAAGCGGAUGACUUCCACCGCCCCAAUGAUUUAAUGAUAUGUACCGGUAUGUUAGCGCUGGAAGCUGUGGAGGCCGCCCCUAUGCGGAAGGAGUGACCUAAGUAGAGUGAAUUGUUAAAACCUAGCAUGGUUAACAGAGAUCUGAUGUAUCGCAUGAUAGUCGUAGUAGUGAGUACAGAGCCGUUUAGUGAGAAUAGGUGUAGUAAUGGUGUUGAUGGGGAAAGUGAAAAGUAGGAAUCUAGAGCUGUUACUGGACACCAUUUGUUGUGUGUAGGGAAAUAAGUGAUCUCAACUGGAGGUGCGUGUUGGCUGGUUUUUGACUGAGGUAGGGACAGUAUGUAGUGAUCCAUGUGUUUGCGUAGGUGUAUGCAUAGAAGACAUCUGUCUUUUUGAGUGGUGGUGAUAGUAGUGAAUUCCCUUGGCCUGAGGAACCCGUGGAAUGCUAUGUACAUGGCAGCUUUGGUGACUGUGUUGGUAGUAGAGUGAAAAGGUUUGGAGUCUAAUAGGUCGGAUAAUGACUGGAAAAGUGUGUUAUCUAUAGGUAAUCUCUGUGGAGGAACGGAUUUCUGAAUACCUCUGAGUAUAUUCUUUACCUGAUAAGAUGACAUGAAACUAUGUGUAUUGGGUUGUAGAGUUAGCAUAUGAUGUUGAAUGCCUGUCAGAUAUACUUUGAUUGUGUUGUAAGAUAAGUGUAAUUUAAGGUGGCAAAAAGAAGCGAAGGCUAUAAUAGAUGUCAUGACGAAAGGUUGGGCUAUGUCGUGGUCAGAUAGAAAUCUUGUGAAAAGUAUGAAGGCUAUGUUGUAUGUUUUGUGAGUGUUGGAUGAUAGUGCUAAUUUGGACAGAUCCCUGCUAUGUUGCAUGAUUAGUUCUAGUCCAUGGUUAGCUGCUGGAAUGGAGGGGCGGCUGUGGCUGCUAGUGCUGCUGACGGGAGUGCUUGCUGAAAAGCCUGAAAGUUGAAACGAGACAGACUGUCAGCUGCCAUGUAAUGCCUGGUACAUAAAAGCAGACCAAGUAGAAACUGUGACAUGCUGCUAACCACGUGAGUUUCCUGAGAAAUCUCAUGAUUGUUAGGGAUGAUGAACGGCCUUUGUUAAUGAUGUAACAUGUUGCUUGGUUGUCUGUGUGGCAACGGACUGACAAGCCUGACCAUAAAUGUCCCCACGCCACGGCAGCUGCUACAAUGGGAUAAAUCUCAAAAAGACCUGAGGUUGUAAAAAAGCCUUCUAAGUAAUCGACUUCUUCAGGCCCCUUACCCCAAAGCCAUUCGUUCCCAAAGAUUGCUGCGAAACCUGUGGUAGACGCCGCGUCUGACUAUAUGGUUGGAGACGUGUCAGUCAGCUCUAGUAGGAACAAGCUUUUACCAUUCCAAGUGGUCAAGAAUUCUUUCCACAUGUAUAGGUCUGCCGUGGCGUGCGCAUCCAAGGACAGUCUAUAGUUGUUGUGUUUGAAAUGUGGAAAAAGACAGAGAGGUCUGGAUUUGAAAGCACGCCCUUGAGAAAUGAUGCGAAUGGCAACGUUCAAGGAACCUAUGAGAGAUUGAAGUUCCUUGCAGUUGCAAUUACCCAGCAAAAUGUAAUGGUUAAUGCUGUUGAGUAUGUUUUUGAUUUUCUCUUGUGGUAAACUAGCUUGCCUAGUGGCCGAGUCUAGUUGUAUACCUAGAAAUGUAAUGAUUGUAUUUGGGCCUUCGGUUUUCUUGUUGGAUACUGGGACUUCCAGGUGGUCAAACAGACUAAUGGUUGCUUUGAGACUCCUGGGGGGAAAGGAGUUUUCUUCAAUCAGUAAGAAAUCAUCCAGACAAUGGAUGACUAUGGGGCAUCUAGAAAUGUUGAGUAACAACCAGCAAAGUGAUUCUGCAAAAGUGUCGAAGAUUUUUGGGCUACUUUUUGACCCAAAGGUUAAGCGGGAGAAAAAGUAAUAGUUAUCUGCCCAUUUGAUGCCAUGUAAGUGACAUAGUGUGGGGUGGAUAGGUAGUAGUUUAAAGGCAUUUGUAAUGUCUGUCUUACUUAGCCACGCUUCGAUCCCUGCUUGCAUAAUGGCUGUAAUGGCAUGGUCUAUAGUGGCAUAUUGUAGGGAGAACUCUUCGGAGGGAAUAAGAGAGUUCAGACUCAGUGUAGAUGAGGUAUGAGGGGCUGACAGAUCUAUGAUGAGUCUCUGCUUGAGGGAAGAUUUCCCUGUGACUAUCCCUACGGGAUUUGUGCGCCAUGCCGUAAAAGGUGGGGUUUUAAAAGGCCCGAACAAGAACCCCUCUGCCAGCUCUUGGGCUAAGAGUGUAUCUACGGCUGUUGGGUUUUGUUGUGCUGAUUGUAAAUUUGGACAUUCCAGUUGGCCUGUGGGCAUAUGUAUAAUGCCUGUAUGGAACCCCUCUGAGAAACCAGAUAUGAGAAAAUUUACCAUAUGUCUGGAAGGGUGAUUGGUUAGUAGUGCUGAGAAGACAUGAAUGUUAACAGACGUUAGGUAUGGUUUAGGGUACAUUUUAUUUGGACACAUGGUUUUUGCAUGUGCCUUGAAACAAUGUGAACAAAUAUGCAAUAACCUGCAUGCACUAAAGCUACAUGUACCCACAUUGAAAUUAUUGCACUCCUGUGAUUUACCAAAGAAAAUGAUAGGACGACCCAGUUUGUCUCUGGUGGUUCUCUCAGUUCUACCCGCGUAGCUGGUGCUAGGUGACUGAUUACGGUCGUCUGCCGUGUGAGAACAAAAAUUGGUAGUGUGAGUAGUAGAAGAGCAGGAUGCACAAGCUGGUGUUUUCAGACCUGCGAAGUGUCUACAGAAUAGCUCUGUAUCUAGUCUGCUCCAGUUGAUACGGGUACAAUACUGAGAGAGAGCACGAGACACCUUAGUGGGAAAAAGACCUAUGGUAGUCGUAAAAAGCAGACCCACCAUAUUUGUUCCCCAGGUCCACCAGCUUGUGCAUAUAUCGAUCAAACUCUUCCCUUCUAUUAGGGUACACUUCACAAAUUACAUCUCUAAAUAUACCAAAGGCUAACACAAAUUCUGGAAUGGUCAGUUUCCGUUUUAACCUUGCGUCUUUGGAUCUGACCACCACAGAUACUUCAUCGUACAUAUAGUUCUUAUUCUCCACCACAUCCUGGGAGGCAAUUAGUAGGGAUGCUAGGUUGACAUCUUUGCCUUCCGCUUUCCUUGCUGUGGCAGGCAGGGGUGGACUGACCACUCACAGGGCCCUCGGGCAGUGGGUGAUCAAAGGCCCCCCCUCUUGGUCCUGGUAUAGGGUUUUCUGGUCCCCUGCUACUCUUCUCCCCCUUCUUCCUGCUGCUUUUACACAUAUAUUAUGUGUAGGCUGCACAGCACACAGAAUGGCUGUGUUAGAGCCACACAGCCCUGACUCCAACACUAGCAGAGCCCACAAAAAUGGCCAGAUUUACUUUAAAGGAGUUAAUCCAACCAAAAACAGUGUAUUAAUAAACACUGUUUUUAGAUGGAGUAACCCUUGCUGGCGUGCCUUCUCAGCAAUUAAAGGAUCACUAUAGUGUCAGGAAAACAAAUAGGUUUUCCUGACACUAUAGUGCCCUGAGGGUGCCCCCACCCUCAGGGUCCCCCUCCCGUGGCGCUGAAGGGGUUAAAACCCCCUUCAGCCACUUACCUUAAUCCAGCGCUGGGCUCCCUCGGUGCUGGUGACCGCUCCUCCCCCGUCUGACGUCAGCGGAGCCGAAUGCACAUGCACGGCAGUGCCGCGCACGCAUUCAAAGUAUCCAUAGGAAAGCAUUUCUCAAUGCUUUCCUAUGGACGAUCUGCGUGAUGGAGGCAGAAUGCGCCCCAGCGUCGCAGGGAUUGGAUUAUCCCCAAAUGUAAACAUAGCAGUUUCUCUGAAACUGCUAUGUUUGCAUCUGAAGGGUUAAAACCUGAGGGACCUGGCCCCCAGACCACUUAAUUGAGCUGAAGUGGUCUGGGUGACUAUAGUGUCCCUUGAAAAUAAAAAAAUAAAGCAACUUUAAUAACACACUUCCACUGAUUUUGCUGAGGCAAUCACAAGCAGCAACCCCACAUGUACAACCAUACAAGUAGCCACAUGUGUUUGGAGUCUACUUGUGGGGUUGCGUGUGUGGGGAUGUUGCUAGUGAUGUUGUGUUCCUGUAUGUCAAAGUGUUGUGUUAGAUUAAUCAUUUCUCUUGUUUUACCUAUUGUACAGCGCUGCAGAAUAUGUUGGUGCUAUAUAAGUGAUAUGUGUGUGGAGGCUGUGUGCAGUAUUGCAAUGGUGGGUAUGAUGUUUGUGAUGUGUAUGUGUAGGGAGGCAGCAUGUGGUUUUGUAUGUGUGGGGAUGCUGCUUGUGGGACUGUGUCUAUACAGUGAGGCUCCUUGUGGAUUUUUGUGUGUGUGUGAAUGGGGCGAUUUGCAGUGCAUUAUGUGAGUGGAGAUGGCUGGCUGUGUUGCAGUGUCUGUGGGAUAGACUAUGUAGUAGGCAUCUGGUGGUUACUGGGGCUGUAGUGUGUGCGUGUUUGGAUAAUAGAGGCUCUACUGUGUAUAAGUUGGAUAGUAGCUGUAGUGUGUGCGUGGGGGGAUAUAUGCUGAAAUAGGUGCAGGGAGGCACAGGGGCUGUGGUGGGCACUGUGAGGCACAGGGACUGAGGUGGGCACGGGGAGGCUCUGGGACUUAGGUGGGGGUGGGACUGGACAGGGUAUGAGGUGGGACAUAGAGGUCAUGGUGAGCGCAGGAGGGGACAUAGGAGCUGUGUUGGGUACUGAAAGGGAUAGGGACUAUGGUAGUUGGAGGUGGCAGAAGGGAUGUGGUGGGAACAUGGAUAGGUAGAUCCUGGGGUGAGUGUUGGGAGGAAUGGUGGCUGAGGUGAGUGCAGGGGAAUGAGGUGGGUGCAGGAGCAGCUGUGGUGGAUGCAGACAGGGCUGAGGUGGGUGCGGGGGGAGCUGUGGUGGGUGCAGGGGGAGAUGUGGAGGGGGACCUGUGGUUAGUACAGGGGGCUGUGGUGGGUGCAGGGAGACAGGGAGCUGAGGUGGGUGCAAGGGGAGAUGUGGUGUGUGGAGGAGCUGAAGUGGGUACGGGGGGGGCUGAGGUGGGUACGGGGGGGGCUGAGGUGGGAGCAGAGGUGGGUACUGGGGGCUGAGGUGGGUGCAGGGGGGCUGAGGUUGGUGCAGGGAGACAGGAGGCUAAAGUGGGUAAAAGGAGAGCUGAGGUCGGUGCAGCGGGAGAUGUGAUGUGUGCAGAAGGAGCUGUGGUGGGUGCGGGUAGACAAGGGGCUGUUGUGGGCACAGGAUGGACAUAGAGGCUGUAGUGGGGACAGGGAGGGACAUAGUGGCUGUGGUGGGUACUGGAAGGCAUAGGAGCUAUGGUAGGUGGAGGUGGUAUAUGGGCUGUGGUGGGUGCAUAGGGAAAUAGGUGGGUACAGGGACAGGUAGAUCCUGGGCAGAGUGUAAGGAGGAAUGGUGGCUGAGGUAAAUGCAUGGGAACUGAGGUAGGUGCAGGGGUAGCUGUGGUUAGUACAGGGGGGCUGGGGUGGGUGCAGGGGGAGCUGUGGUUAGUACAGGGGGGCUGAGGUGGGUGCAAGGGGAGAUGUGGAGGGGGACCUGUGGUUAGUACAGGGGGGCUGAGGUGGGUGCAGGGAGACAGGGAGCUGAGGUGGGUGCAAGGGGAGAUGUGGUGUGUGGAGGAGGAGCUGAAGUGGGUACGGGGGGCUGAGGUGGGUACAGUGGGGCUGAGGUGGGUACAGUGGGGCUACGGUGGGUACAGGGGAGCUAAGGUGGGAGCAGAGGUGGGUACUGGGGACUGAGGUGGGUACUGGGGGGCUGAGGUAGGAGCUGGGGUUUGAGUGAGUACUGGGGGCUGAGGUGGGAGCAGAGGUGGGUGUUGUGGGGCUGAGGUGGGUACUGGGGGCUAAGGUGGGAUCAGAGGUGGGUACUGGGGGCUAUUGACUGACGUGGCAGGGGGGGGUAUUGGGGGGCUGACGUGGGUUCAGGGGGGCUGAGGUGGGUACUGGGGGGCUAAGGUGGGAGCAGAGGUGUGUACUGGGGGGCUGAGGUGGGAGCAGAGGUGGGUACUGGAUACUGGGGGGCUGAGGUGGGUACUGGGUACUGGGGAGCUGAGGUGGGAGCAGAGGUGGGUUCAGAGGGGGUUUAGGUAGGAGCAGGGGGUCUGAGGUAGGAGCUGGAGGCUAUGGUGGGUACAGGGGGCCUGAGGUGGAUUUAGGUAGGAGCAGGGGGUCUGAGGUGGGUACUGGGGUGCUAAGGUGGAUACAAAGGGGCCGAGGUGGGUGCAGGGAGAAUGCAGGUGGUGCUGAGUUGAAUGAGGAUUUGCAGAAAAUAAUUAUAAGAAGCUUACCUGAGCUAUCUGCCAGGCUGCUGCAGCUCCUCUUCAUGCAAGGCAGGAAGUGAUGUCACUUCCUAGCCCCGCCUCUUCCUCCUCACACAGCACCGCACGGCUGGAGACCUCACUGCCAGGUCUCCCUGAGAAAGCAGAAACGGGUGAGGGAGGAAGGGGCUUAACUACAGAGUGAUAUGCUGCAGGGGUCCUGCAGCAUAUCACUGGAAUAACAAAAAAGCAUGUUGUUCUGGCUGAGGAGAUCUCUGAUCUCUCCAGCUGGAGCAUGGCUGUGCUGCCGGGCCCCUGACUGCCUCGGGCCCUCGGUCCAUGACCGAUAUGCCCGACCUGUCAGUCCGCCCCUGGUGGCAGGGUAGGGGACUUGUCGCCUCCUUAACUCGUUGGUGAUGCGUGGGAUCGUCCAGGAUCUGAUUGAUGUCGGACUGGCAAUAUCUCCCCUACGAGAGGGUGUCUCGACCCUAGUUGGGGUGCCAUGAAGAGAUAGCUCUUCAUCACCUUCAUGAGACAUACUUGAAUAAAAUGAGAGAUAAAAUUAUUAUUUGAAACCCAGUAGUUUAGUACUGGCUUACUAGCUAUGCCGUGAGGCGAAACCAUUAUGCUUAUUGUUUUAGUGACAGGUGAGGCCCUGCUAGUUGCCAAGCGGCUUGAAAGGCUCUAUCUUUGCUUGGCACAAGGAGAUUUUUGUGGCCACUGAACGUUGUGGCAGGAUGUCGGCCUCUCGGUGACUGUAACCAGAAAAUAGGAAGGGGAGUGACAGGUGAGGCCCUCUCUAUGAUACGUGCAAGGCGGCUAGCUCACAUGUGGCCCGAGGGGUGUUUGCCUCCGAGUUUGUAGCGGGGUGUUGGCCUCGCGGGACCACUAAUCCUAAGCAUAGAUGCAGAGGAAAGGGGAAUUACCUAUUGGACCCUAUGACCCUAAUUGCCAGUACUUGUUUAUUCUGUGGGAGAUUUUUUAUGGAUCUACUGUAAGCAGGUGUACGUACCUGGUAGUAUAGGUUAUUGAAACCUGGUAAUCCGUAUAGGUAACAGUAGUACCUGUAACUAAAUAGAUGAAACCGUCUGAAAUAUAUAUACACAAGUGUCACAAUUAUAUUAACUUUAAUUAUGUUUGUUUUGACCUGUAUAGGUCAGGAGAUGGUGUUUGUAAGAUCUCCGUAAUUCCGUAUGUCACCUUGUAGUUGGUAGGUAAAUGUAGUAGUAUAAUUUAACCCCUUUGUGAAAAUAUAUGAGGUAUCUGUGAGAUGAUGUAUAGAGUUCAGGAAAGUAAUGUGAUAUUCCAAUAAUAGCAAUAUCCUUGCUGACCUGAAGGUGGCAGUGUGGAAUCUUUAACCAUGUGUAUACCCAUAUGUGUAAUUUGGAACAUAUAUUUAACCCAUUAGUGUGUGGAGUUUAUCCAAAUGUAACUAUAUAUAAUAACCCCCAUUUUAACCAUGAAAGUAUUUUUAGACAUAAAUGUAAUUUUAUUCCCCAAACCUGUCCAUUUGUGCGUUUAACCGCACGAACAGGACAACAUAUAUAUAUAUAUAACAAGGUUUGUCAUGCUGUGGCCGAACGGCUGCCCGGUGGGCAGUGAUAGUUAUAUUAGUGUAUCUUGUUCGUGCAAUGUGAACCGCACAAACUGGAAAUGACAGGGAUAAAUCAGUAGAAACAUGUGAAUAGCGUGUUCGUGCGUUGGACCGCAUGAACGUAGAAAUUUAUGCGAAAAUGCUAUGUGAGUAAGAAAUGAGCGGGAGAAAUAUACAGCAAAUAACAUAAGUACCGAACAUUUAAAUACAUAUUCCCGAAAAUGCUGUGUAAACGAACGGCUGAAAAACCAGACGGAUAUACUGAUUUAGCAGAGCAGAAUUAGCCGAACGAGACAGUAAAGUGAAUACCUGAACCAUAAUUGAUGCCGUGGGCCUUGUUCCUUGGCGUAACUGUUAGGUCUACUUACUGUUUGACAGUCACUAGGACGUGAUCCAAGGCGAUAGUAAAGGUAAGAAGCUGAUCCAACAGAAAUCUGCAGUAGGAUUCCUGGACACAGCUUUUUUUUUUUUUUUAUUCAUUAUUUUUGCUGUGCAGGAGUUUACAAUCAAACUUGUCAUGCCACGGUAACCAUAGCAAGCACUUCAGAAACAGACAUUAUGGCAUUUAAUAAAAUUGCACAUUUUUAAAGUUAUAGUAGACAAGUGUAUCAAGCUGGUCAAACAUGUCUAACUGCUAGGCUAAAAUCAAGACUCAAAGGACUAACUAGACAUGAGGACUGUAGGUAAACAUGCACAUUCAGAAAGCAGGUUAUAGGCCAAAUUUAGAGUGAAUCAUGACCUGCAGUUUUACUACAUAUAUAACGUGCUCACUAGUGACUCAAAUGAGUAGACCACUGGUAACAAAACUAAACCUUACGUUGCUGAUUACUUUAAAGAAAAUCAACUAUUACUAAGAGAAAUAAUAUUAAUAAUAGCUUUUUGCAAGACGUAAGAUGGAAAAUGCCUUGGUUGAAUACAUUGCACAGGACUGUUAGGUUAUACUAUGAUUAGCAUGGCAAGUGAUGUGUACUCUGUAUAAUAUAAUGUCUUUUUACCAUUAUUUUAGGCCAAAUCUAAAGGUGCGAAGGUCCCUUUUGGAGUGAAAUAUGCAGACAGGCAGGAAAGGAAGUUUCAACCCGAAAAACUCAGAGAAGGAAGAAACAUUAUUGGAUUGCAGGUGAGAGGCAGCAAAAGGACAUUUAUUGCCACUGUUACACAUAAUACUUACAGCAAUUUACUGUAAUACAUGGAUGUCACACAAUGAGCUGGGCACCGUUGGUAAAAUAAAAUAUCAAUAAAUUGGUUAAUUUCAUAUAUGGAACAGCUGCUACAGGUGUUUGAAAAUUAUUUGCAGGGGGGAAAAAUCAUUAUUAAGAUAGAAAUUACCUGGGUAUCUGUUGUGACAUGUAUAGAAAUACAAAUAUUUUUUACUUAGGGCAAAUGCAUGAAGAUUGGUAUUGGUGGGCUGCUGGUGGGAUUCAAGAAUUGUAUCACAGCUAUUAUAACAGCUACACUAGAGCAAUAAAGGUUCCAUUCUUGGACAUAUCUUUAUAUUCUCUGUUAAUAGAUGGGCACCAACAAGUUUGCCAGCCAGAAGGGGAUGACUUCUUAUGGCACACGCAGGCACCUGUAUGACCCCAAAUUGGGCACUGACCAGCCAUUGGAUCAAGCCACUAUCAGCCUACAGAUGGGCACCAACAAAGGAGCAUCCCAGGUGAGUUUGUUAAGAACGGUCCUAGUAAUCAAGGGUAUGUGGGACUUUACUUUACUAUUAAUAUGUUAAUCUCUUCUCAAGUGCCUGUUCCACUUCAUUUAUCCAACUUGGACUUCUCUGGGAGCAGGUACUAGAGCAGGGGUUUUCUUAAAUUAUUAAACAGUACAGGCACAAUUAACUUCAUGCAUUCUAGCCUUCAUAACCAUGGAGAGCUGUAUCCAGCAUAGUUAUGUGCACCACAUCUGGAGUGGAUAGUCUGGCCGCCAUAUCUUCUAAUUAGCAAAGAGCGCCACCUGUGGUGACUGAAAAUAAUGGACCCAAGAAGGCCGCACACAUCUAAAGAUGAUUACCUUAUAAAGGUGCCGCUUGGGCCAAUUACUACAAGUGCCCAACUCCAAGACCCUAUUUAAUUUUGCACUGCUGAGAGCCCUAAGAGGAAGCAUUUCCCAAGUAAGUUGGUUAAUCUCAGAGCAGGCAUUAGGUUACUAUAAUAUGACCUUCCAAAAAUGGGGUACAUUCGUGUUGUGGCAGGCUUAUGCAAUGUAUGCUGUAACUAAACCCCCAUUAUUUUUUCCAAAGUCAGGUGUUUUGGAAAAAAAAGUAUUACAUUUUGUAAGCUUUGGAGCUGGUGGUUAGUGAGUGAGUGGAUUCUGUAUGGUGAGAAUAUUGAGAUUUCAUCCCUGUAAAAUGCGACUCGUAUUAUUAUGCCACCCCCUCUCAGUUAUUUCCUCUCAAAAUACCAUUUUCUAUUUUAACUCCUUAGUCCGGCAUGACGGCUCCUGGUACCAAGCGUCAGAUCUUUGAGCAGAAGCUUGGCAUGGAACAUUGCGAUACCCAAACCAUCUCCCUGCAAAUGGGAACCAACAAAGGGGCAUCUCAACAAGGCAUGACCGUGUACGGGCUGCCCCGCCAAGUCUACGACUCAAAGUACUGCCUCAAUCCCAACUCCGAAGAAGGGGAAGAUGGAAACUAUGACCACAGCCACCAAUAUUACAAUUCUGAGUAAAACUGCACCCUUUCCCAAAAUAAACCCUACACCCUCCCUCUGUGCCAGUGUGUGCCUGCUACUGUUGCAGAGGGGUCAAUACUAGCCAUUCUCUGCCAGCGUGUGCUUGGUUCUCUGACUAAGGGUGGGUUAAUGCUGUCCACUGGUGUUUGUCUGAUGCUGUUACAAAGGUAUGUGUCCUGUCUGUGCCAGUGUGCCCACAUCCCUAGCAGAGAAUGGGCUUUAUCUACCUGUUCUGUGCUAGGGUGUCUAUUAUAAUGCCAACAGUGCGUCCCAAGCUACAGCUGCUGCUCUGGCACAAAAUAGGUUAGUUCUGCCUGUUUUGUGCCAGCGCAUGCAAGCAACUUUGGCAGAGAAAGGUAGUAAUGCAGCCUGCUCUGCCUAUUCCUCGGGCAGACACAGGCUUUUUACUGCCCAUUCUAUGCCAGACCAUACCCCCUGCUUUGGCAUUCAAGGGGCUUUGAUAAUCCUGUCUUCCCAACACUACUUUCUGGAGACUGACUGGGGAUUUGCUAUCUGCACAGCAUCAAUCCUUAAAAGCUGGCAGAGGGUCGCUCUUCAUAGCACAAGGGAGAUGCCCUGCAGAUAGUAUGAGGCUGAACCAACAUUUGAAUGGAUACCUGCAGAGCAUUGCUUUCUCCUGCUCACUGUUAGGACUCAGAGUGUACUCAUCAUAGCCACGCAGCCACAGAGUUCUGCAGGACUUCUUGCCAAUAAGCAGGGUGGCACCACUGAGGGGGCACUGCAGAUCAUCGCCCCUUCUUACACAAGUGCCAACAAUCACAACCACUGCCAGCAGAAUUUUAAGACCUUCCCUGUUAAGAUCCAACAACAGAUCAAGACAAAGUUAGUGGUAUAAUAUAGGUGCACACUCCUGUUUUUAGCUUAGUGUUUCAGACAUAUUUUAACAGUGAAUUAGCUUCUAGCCCCUUGACAACUAGGAGGUGAAUAACACAUAGAUUGAGUUUGUAAAGGGAAAAAAGCAUUGAGGUCUGAACGUGGCUGUCUACAUAGGAAAUUGUUAAUUUUCUUAUAUUUCCACUUAGAGGAAGGAAACUGAUUGGCUGAAACUUCCACCAAUGAAACAAUUAUACGUGAAGAGGUGAAUAUUCACCAUAUAUGCUGGUACAUCUACAUAUUUAUUACACGUAUCCAUUACAUGCAAUGUCUUUGACCCAACAUAUGCAACGGUGCUAUAAGCGGUUUUUUUUGUUGUUUUUUUUUUUAAUCUAUCACAAGGGGUUAGUCAAUACAAGGUUAUUUACUACAGUGAGAAUUGAAAGUGGAAAUUGGAAACAAAGGUGAUUUUUUUUUUUUUUAAUAGUUGAGCUGUUUUGACCUUUAAAUUCUCACUUUAUUAAACAACCGUGUAAAAAGUGGAUUAUGGUAAAUUAUGCCAAAAUAACCAUGUUGAAAAAAAAUGAAUGAAUUUGUUUAUUUUUUCAAUGCAGUUAUAUUUUGACCAAACAUUGGCAAUUUAAAAAUUUAACCAAAAGUGAAAAGGACCUUAACCAGGGAAGAAUUUUUGGGAGGUGAAUAAUCCUCUUCCAGAAUCCAGGUUCAUGCAUGUUCACCCAUCCCAUCUGGCAGAACAAUGCCUCCCCCGGGCACUGGUAACGCUAAUCACCAGUUUCUCUAUAGUCAAGCUUGCCGUCAUCUCAACAUGCACAUCUAAAAACCUGCAGACCAUUACACCAUAGAACCCAACUAGAGAGAAGUUCUGAUGUAAAGUGUUGAUUUAGAAUCCUGAGGAAAAAUUAGCCAGAGAGGGGAUUUCUGCAGAACCAAGGCAGGUAUGGGACGCUCUUGGGUUGAGGGGGAUAACGUAUUGUGUUACAGAGUAAGCUCAUGUAGAAAUCAAAUAAAGGAAGGACAUUCUGUAGAUAUCUGGUUGGGGAGUGCUUGAGAGAGCAAUGCUCUGCACAGGUAUUAGUUUACAUGCUCUGUGCGAUGUUCUGCAGCCUGAGGUUUAGCAUUGUGCACAGUCCUUUCUCGCUCCUGUCACUGCAGUAUAAAGGAAAACAUUUCACGUCCGCUCUGUCAAGGAAACAAACGCAAAUAUAUUUCUAUAUAUAUAUAUUUCUAACAUGUGUCUGAGGUGAUGUUUCUGUAAUAAACACGGGAGUUCUGGGAUUGUGUGUAAUUUGGGAAUAAGGUAUUACCAUGCGCCACCAGGCGUAGCGCGUCGUCAGAACACCACGAGAAGAAAAGUCCAC